AUGGAAAUUGCUAAUUUAAUAAGUCGAAUCCUAAAAAAAGCUUUUUCUAAUGCAUUAAGCUUUUCCUUGUAACUCGGCUAAAAUACCUAUUUGUGCAUUUCAACAUUAUAGAUUACUCAUAUUUUCUGUAUUUUUAAGCCAAUAAGAGGGAUAUAACCUAACCUACCCCUCUGCGCACGCCACUGAUUACCAUCAUACGUUAAGAACAUAAUAUGAAGGUAAUGAUCAAUUUGUGAGUUAUCUGAGUUUGUGAACAUUGCGAGUUUCUGACACAAAUAUGAUAAUAUGAUAACAUAUAUGGAAGAAAAUUUAACUGGAUUCAUGGAAUCAUAAUCAUAUAAAUUCAUUUUAGCUCGAACUUUGUGGUACAAAAAAAAAAAAAAAAUUGGGUGCGAUGAAUUUUUUAUAAGAAUUUUAAUAUCAAAGUUCGAUGAAAAUCAUUUUAGUAAAAAUUAUGUAAUUAUUUUGUGAUGCAUAAUUAUUAAGUAAUACAUCGAAGUUCAAGUAUACAAGUAAAUAUUAUGUAUAUGUAAUUAUUUUAUCAUAAUAAGACUUAUAUAUUGUUGACAAAACAACGCUAAUAAUCGAACUCUACUCAAAAUCGUUUUCCGUCAGCAAUGGUCUAUCGUUACGUACAGAUAUAUUAAAUUUCCCCUCUACCUGCCCAACUUCUCACCUACAACUGUGGCCCACUCAUCGUGAGAAGUAUGUCCGUAUUUUUUUAUUAUUCGAGACAAAAAUAAAAAAAAAAAACAAUUUAUGACGAUUACUUGAAUGUAUGCACUCCUGAGAUCGAAGGUUAAGAUUUCGUGUGACACUACAAGACAUUUCUACAAAAAUGUAUCUAUAUUAUUUUCAUGUACUGAACACGUUGUUUUUUGAAAACGAUAAUAAUUUCAAUUAUUUUUUUUUAUAGCUGGUUAUUGAAAUUGUUUAAAACCGGAUGGAAACGAAAUUUAAACGAAAAUGAUGUGUAUGCAAUAUUGGAGGAACAGAAGUCGUCGUUAUUAGGUAGUGAACUAGAAAAGUAUGUACCUAUAUAACUGAUAAUUUGUGAAAAAUAAUUGCAAAUAUUAUUGAUAUAUUUUAUUAUUUAUCAUCCAUCAAAAUUCAACUGGAUUUAGGAGAUGGAGAAAUGAGCUUGUCGAAGCAAAGAAUGCAAAUCGUGAUCCCAGAUUACUGAGAGUUUUACUUAAAAUGUUCGCCGGUCAGUUGUUGUUGUCUGCAUUUCUACAGACAAUUAAUGAAAUGGUGUUUAGGUAAAUUAACGUUUAGAAAAAAUGCUCAAAUAAAAAUCCAUUUUGAUAUAUUUUGUAAUUUUACUAUAUUUCAUAACUAGUCCGACCUAAUCUGGGUUCACUUCCAACGUAUAAUUGUUUAGGUGUUUUGGUAAAGAUUCUAGAAAGAAAUUUGUAUAAUUUGACAUAAGGUCUACACUUUAGACCGACUUUUGCUUUUUUCCUACGGUUUUUGUCGCAAAUAUAAAUAUAAAAAAAUAAACAAUAAUUUUUAAAUUUUCGAGUUUUCAAUUCAUUUUCGGUGUAAGAUUUAAUGAAAGUAUAAUUAAUCUAUUUCUAGAAUAUUUAUCGUAUCGCUCAUAUUGAACAGUCGGGAAACCAUUGGAAACGAGUAUCGAAUUAGCGAAUUUGAUUUUAUUCAUCUACAAUGUUUGUGUUUUGUUUAAACGUGAUGUAAAUCAUGACUUAAAUAGAAAUUCUCGGGGCAUACUAAUUGGCUGUCUAUUGGCGUAUUUCAACCCAAUCGGAUACAAACAAAUCGACAAAAUAUACGCGUGCAUUUAUGCAGUGGCCUUAAUUUUUUCUAUGGCGGCUACACUUGUGAUAGGACGAUACGUGCACACGGAAAUGGAACAUUGUGGCAUGAAGAUGCGUGUGGCUUGUUGUUCGAUAAUAUUUAAAAAGGUCUUAUCUAGUUUUAUCUCAUGAAAAAAUAAAAAUAAAAAUGGCAUUCGUUACACUAAUAAUAAUAUUAUUAUUAUUUGUACAUACAUAGGCAUUACGAUUAAGUAAACUUUCGCUUGAAGUAACAACGGUCGGUCAAGUAGUGAAUUUGACAUCAAACGACGUUUAUCGAUUCGACAUGGCGUUGAAAUGCGUCCAUUAUUUAUGGAUGUGUCCUUUAGGAACGGUUUUGAUCGCAUAUUUGCUAUGGCUAGAAAUCGGCUGGUCCGUAUUUUUUGGGGUGUCCGCGGUGUUUAUCUUUAUUCCGUUACAAGGUUGAUAAUAUUAUAAAACCAUAAUAUACCUAUGGUUAUUUUUGUACUAAUAUUUACAUAAAAAAUAUAAAUAAAAACAAAUUCCACUUUCAGGCAGGAUGGGAAAGAAUAUUUCAAAAUUUCGAUCGAAGAUAGCGCUCAGGACGGACGAGAGAGUGAGACUGAUGAACGAAAUAAUGUCCGGUAUACAGGUUAUUAAGAUGUAUACGUGGGAAAAAUUUUUUACAAAACUCGUGCACAACACCAGAAAGUAUUAUUUAUUAAAUAUUUUAUUUCAUACAACGUUAUGCAUUAUACAUAUAAUUGUAUAAUUUGUUAAAGGCAGGAAAUUCGAGAGAUUAGAAGUACCUUGUUUAGAAAAUUGGUUUUAAAAUCGUUCAGAGAUUUCCAAAUAAGACUCGCCCUGUUAACUACUAUUUUAGUGUACAUAUUUUUAGGACACAACAUUGAUACACGAAAGGUAAAAUAAAGAAUCACGAAAUUUCUAAUACUUACCGUGAUUUAAUAAAUUAUUAACCUUAUAUCAAUUGUGACAACAAUAUUAUACAGUAAUACAAAAUUAUUAGGUAUUUAUCAUGAUCGCGUAUUAUAAUAUAGUGAAGAUUUCAUCGUCCGCAUUGCCCGUGUGCAUUGAAAACUUAUCCGAAAUGUUUACGUCCGUUGACCGGAUUCAAGUAAAUUUUAACAUGGAAAUUAAAAUAACCAAUAUUGUGUGUUUAUCCUAUUUAAUUAAACUAUUCUGUUUUUUAAAAGAAAUUUCUAUCGUACGAGGAGAAACACACACAAACGUCACCGCAGUUUUUAGAAUCCAAAAAUAUAGCGUCCAGUGCUAAUAACGUAAACGUGUCGACCUGCGAAAAAAACUCAAAAACUAGCAUCGAUAAUCGAAAAACAUCAAACGGUAUAGAUUUGUUGAAUGUUAACGCCAAAUGGACGGACGUUCAGCCGGAAAACACUUUAAAUGAUAUUAAUUUAUCCGUCGCUCUCGGUGAGUUGGUCGCAAUUAUCGGACCCGUAGGAGCCGGAAAAGUAUGUAUACUGUUAGGAAUAUAAUAAUUUGCAUAUUUUCAGCAUAAUUGAAUAUUAAUUUCGAUUUUAGAGUUCGUUGAUACAGGCGAUUUUAGGGGAAAUACCGUUGUCGGGCGGAAGCGUUUCUUUGCGCGGCGUAAUAUCGUAUGCAUCUCAAGAACCGUGGUUAUUCAAUUCUUCGGUUCGGGACAACAUUUUAUUCAGCUCGCCGAUGGACAAAAAACGUUAUUUACAAGUAGGAACCAACGAACCGUGCAUAAUAUUUAAAUAUUCGAUUUUAGGAUUUAUACUACAUUAAAAUAUUAUAUUAUAUAAAGAGGCCUGUGAUCACCCCCCUCCCAUCUCGUCGAGAAAUAUUUUCGACACUUUAUAUUAGUACCUAUCAUAUUAACCCAAAUUUCUUGUUACAGUCUCAUUGGUAUACUUUGGUAGGGUGGAGUCAAUAUCCUUGUUAUCGUUACUAAUUUCUAUUGUAUUCGUUCAUAGUGUACUUUCGUAAUUUAAUAUUCCGUGUGGUUAUUAUUAUAUAAAUUUACACUAAUUUAUUUACUGGGUGAUAUUAAUUAUUGAAAAAUAUAGACAGCAUGGGAUGAACAUAGAAAAGAAAAUGCAAUUUUAAAAAAUUAUUACUAAUUUUUACUUCCAUAAUGUUUUUAAUACUUUGAAAUUAAAAUUAAGUAUUGGAAAACUUAUAAUGUAUUCACGAUUAAAUUUUGAAUUUUUUUUUAUAACCAUAGAUGAAUUAAAUCAAAUAUUAAUAGAAAAAGAUCUUAACCUAACAUAACUUAUGAGUGGUAAAUAGUUUGUACUAUAAAAUACAUAUGCAUAAACUAAUGGAAUAAGGAAUGAUUUAAACUGAAGCUUGCUAAAAAAUGUUCAAAUGGUAGGAUUAAUAUGAACAAUUGUUUUAACUGAAACCACUAAAAAUUUACAUAUUUUCUGUACCGAUUAGAGUAAUACAUUUCCAACAAGGAUAGUAGGAGGGGUUGAACUCCAUGAACCUUCGUGAGUUUGAAAUUCGAUCCUCCCCUCAUAACUUAAAAUAAUUAUUUAUGAUUUUUUUUUUGUAUUUUUUCUGCAUAUUUUUUUGUAUAGUUUAAGAAAUUUAAGACGAUAUUUAAUUUAUACUUCGUUAGUUUUUAGUGUAUAAUUGCAUGCAUAUUUAAAUGUUUUUGAAAACAUUAAAAUCACAGUCGUGUUUUAUAUAUUAUAGGUAAUAAGUGUAUGUGCGUUGGAAACCGAUUUACUUCGAUUACCGUAUGGCGAUAAAACAAUCGUCGGUGACAAAGGGGUUUCACUUAGUGCCGGGCAAAGAGCUAGGAUAAAUUUGGCAAGGUAAGUAAAAGUAAUAGGUGAUAUUAAAGUUCUAUGUUCGAUUUUAUUACUUCUAGUGUUUUGAAACAGAGCCGUAUACAGACAAGCAGAUAUUUAUUUACUGGACGAUCCUCUAUCAGCCGUCGACCCGAAUGUCGCCAAACAAUUGUUUGAAAAGUGUAUCGAUGGUAAGGUUAUCUUAUAUUUAAAAUUGAAAUUCUGUUUGUAUAUCUUCUUAGUUUGACCGUUAGAUAAACCGACAGUUUUAUUCCGAUCUUGAUUAAACUUAGCUAGUUUGACAUUCGACACAAGAGGAAUAUCGCUGAUACUUUUUAUUACACAAUUCAACCACUAGAUGGUAGCUGAAAUAAGGUUUUUAGUAUUUUUGGAUAAAUAGUUGUCUUUUUUCUUUUGUUGAUUUAUAGGUUAAUUUUGUGUCAUGAAAGAAUAAUAACAGUUAUUAAUAUUAUUUAAUUUAGUUGCAAUAGGGAUGUUACAAUUAUAAAAGAUAAAUUACGGGACAAUAACGAUUAAAUUUGAUUGGGAUAAGGGUGGAAACGGGAAUAAGCUUUAAAUUUAAUUCCUUUUUAUGAUUUUAGUUUUUGAAAAGAUUAAGCUCGGGAAAUAUCGGCUAAUUCAACUAGAAUUAUUUUAAAAUAAAAUACGUGUUUUAAUACUUAAAUGUUUAAUAUGCACAAUAUGAUAUUUUGUAAUACGUAUAGGUUACCUCAAAAAUAAAACGCGUGUUCUUGUCACGCAUCAAUUACAAUACUUGACGAACGUAAAUCGAAUUCUUCUUAUGGAAAAGGUUGACCGUAACAUAAUAUAAGCCAUAUGAAUUUAGAACGAAUAUAAAUUAUUUUUAAUCUUUGUCUAUAUUAAGGCAAAUAUAAUAGCUGUGGGUUCAUACCACCAACUCCAAUCGUAUAGAGUGGAUUUGUUCAAAUCUUUCGGACUGUCGGAAGAAACAUACGAUACCAAAACGUCUAUUGAAAAAAUUAAUUCUAGCAGUUUAGAUAAUCUCAACCAUGUAUCAACUCGACAAUGUACCGCUCAAAACGUUUCGGUAUCCUCCGCCGAAGAAAAUAACUCAAAUGGAAUUCAAAAAAAACUACAGCCGAUCACAGUGUUGGAAACACGAACUUCUGGAAAAGUUUCUCUUCAGGAUUAUUUGUCGUAUAUCAUUGCCGGCGGAAGUAUUUUUAAACUAUUUUCCGUAGCAUUUAUUACUGUUUUCACUCAAAUACUGUGUACUUCCGAAGAAUAUUGGAUAAGUUAUUGGUACCUACUUAAAAUAUAAUUACUAUAUUGAAGACGCCACACCCGAAUUUACUUUCUUCGUCUUACAAGCAUGUAACAGUAAAUUUACGUCCAGUAAGAAGGACAAAUUUUGUGCCGUUAGUUUUAAUAUUAAAUCUAAUUGACUUUUUACUAAACUUAAAGGUAAGAAGAUUAUAUGUGCCAUAGCGUUGAUGUUUUUUCGAUAUUUUUAUUUUUAAAUUAGAUAUGACUAUUUGUGUUUGCGAAAUAUCUCAAUUUAAAAAUUAUUAUAUCGAAAAAACAUCAACACUAGGGCACAUACAAUCUUACCUUUAUGUUUGAUAAUAUUAAAAUUAACGGCACAAAAUGUGUCCUACUGAACGCAAGUUUACUAUGUCUCGCGUUUAUAAGACGGAGAUGUCAAUGUGGGGUCCUCUUAAUUCUAUGAAAUCCAUAACUAAAUUAAACAAUAUUUCUCAAUCACAGGGUGAAUUUAGAAGAUCAUGUUUUUCGUAGUGCAAACGACGAACGUGCAUUUAACGGCACAACGACAACAGGUGAAACGUCUAAUACGUCAUCCUUAUUAUUAUGGUGGUCAGUUUCUCAUCAAUUAUGUCUUAUAAUUUAUGUCGUGUUAAACGGUAUGAUUCUAUCGGCAGUCUUGAUUAGAUGCACUUAUCACGUAUCAUUUUUUACGGAAGCCUCUAUGAAUUUACAUAAUAAUAUGUUCAACGCUAUAACUAAGGCCAAAAUGUAUUUCUUUAAUACUAAUUCUUCAGGUAAUAAUCUUUGUUUAUUUUUUAGUUUUAUAAAUACGUAGUUAGCCUUAUCUAAACCAUUCGGGUUUUUUUUUUUUUUUAGGGAGAAUUCUUAAUCGUUUCACUAAAGACAUGGGAUUAAUUGACGAAAAUUUACCGGCAUUGUUUACAGAUGUUAUGGCCGUAAGAUCUAGAACAUGACUCGACUAGACUAAAAUAUUUUUGGGCGAUGGAAACUAAUAAAAUACAAUAUAAUGAUAACUCUGUUUUUUGUUUACUAGAUCGGACUUUUAUUAAUAGCGAGUACAGUUCUGGUCGGAUUAAUUGACGUUUACCUCUUGAUACCCACUUUAUGCAUCGGAGUUACUUGUUGUUACGUGGCAGUUUAUAUUUUGUCAACAACACGUGAUAUCCAACGGUUGGAAGCGGUCUGUAAGUAGUGCAAAACCACAUUUCAUCAUAAACUUAUAGAAACUAUGGUGAUGAUUCAAAUUCAUAUACUUUAUAAUUAUGUUCUGUUUUCGAUUAAAAUUAAAUUGAAUUAUUAUAAUAUUUAUAGCUCGAAGUCCCAUCUUUGCACAUUUGAACGAAUCGUUACAAGGGAUAAUAACAAUUAGAGCGUUUGAAGCCGAAAAAAUCGUGUCCAGAGCGUUCGAUGAUCACCAAGUAAGGAAAAUUAUAGCUAUUCCAAUAAAGCUAUAAAAAUAAUUUAUGGCGAUGAAUGUCAUUUUGUUAUGAUCAAAUAAUGUUAACAUUAUUACGUAUAAUAGACCAUAGUCUAACUAAUGGCAAUUAUAAUUUAAAGAACAUAAUUACUCUAGUACCACAUAAGUGAUUCCUCGUUGCUUUCAUUAUAUUUUCCUUAACUAUCUAUAUAAUAUGGACAAAUUAGUAUUAUUUAAUUAAUUUUUUCAUUUUUAGGACUCAAAUUCUUCAAUUUGGUAUAUAUCACUUGUUUCGAAUCAGGCAUUCGGUUUCGUAAUCGAUUUGAUGUGCCUUAUUUAUUUAAGCAUUUUAAUGUUUAUAUUUUUAGUUAUACAAAAUUGUAAGAAUACAAAACAAAAUAACAAAAUUGUUGAUAUAUUGUUUAUUCUAACUGCUUAUACUGUUUAGAUACAAGUGGAGGAAACAUCGGAUUGAUUAUAACUCAAACAAUAGGUUUAAUAGGAAACCUUCAAUGGGGAAUAAGACAAUGUUCACAAAUAGAAAAUCAAAUGACGUCUGUCGAAAGAAUUCUGGAAUAUACCAAUUUACCACAAGAAUGUGCUCUCGAUUCUUCUCCUAGUAAUAUAAAAAAUUAAUUAGCUAAUAAACAUAUAUUAAAAUGAUCCUUAAGCCUAGAUCUAACUUGUGUUUGUUUUAGAUAAAAAACCACCAAAAGAAUGGCCCAACCAAGGUAAUAUUGUUUUUCAGAAGUUCAGUCUGCGUUAUACUCCGGAUUCACCAUACAUCUUAAAAGACGUAAACAUAACAAUUCAGUCAAUGGAAAAGGUAUAUUACAAAAUAUUAUACUAUUGUAAAUUAUACUAAUCCAUUUGAAACAGGUACUACAAACAUAGCAAAACUUUGCAAAACCACUCUAACUAACCUUAUUCAGAUUUAAUAGACAUUGUUAGAGAAUUGUUAGAAUUUGUUAGAACAUUUUUUUAAAUGUAUACAUAUAGUUAGGCAGUGAGUAACUCAGCUACUUAUUUAGCUAUACUUUGUAAUUUUAGGUGGGAAUCGUUGGUAGGACUGGUGCCGGAAAAUCAUCCUUAAUAAACGCAUUAUUCAGAUUAGCCCUGAACGAGGGUAAUAUUAUUAUCGAUGGAAUAGAAAUCCACGAAUUGUUACUUGACGAUUUGCGAUCUAAACUCUCAAUUAUUCCUCAAGAACCGGUAUUGUUUUCGGGAACCAUGCGGAAAAAUCUGGAUCCGUUUGACGAAUACCCCGACCAUGUUCUUUGGAAUGCUUUAGAUGAAGUAUAUUUUUCCUUUUAUUAUUUAUCAAAGUUCAUACAUUAUUGCAAAAUUAUAUUUAUAUAUAUAUAAAUAUAUAUGUAUAUUAUUAUUAUAAAUAUUUCAGGUACAGCUAAAAAAUGUUGUAGAGAAUUUAUCGGGUGGUUUGAACUCAAAGAUAUCCGAAGGAGGUGCCAAUUUCAGUGUAGGUCAGAAACAAUUGGUUUGUUUAGCUCGGGCUAUAGUGCGGAAUAACAAAAUCCUCAUACUGGAUGAAGCUACUGCCAAUGUUGAUUUAAUGUAAGUUAAGAGCAUUAAUGCUUUAUUAAUGGAAUUGAAAUAAAUAAUAUAAAUUGUACGAUUUGUUACGUUAUUUUGGUUUACAGGUCCGACGCGUUGAUUCAAAAUACUAUUAGAAAUAAAUUUCGGUCGUGCACAAUACUGAUAAUAGCUCACCGGUUAAACACUAUUAUGGACUUGGAAAAGGUGAUUGUCGUAGACAGAGGUACGGUGGUCGAAUUCGAUCAUCCGCACAAUUUGUUAAAAAAUAUAGACGGGUUUUUCUACAAAAUGGUCGACCAAACGGACCGAGACAUGGCCGUAUCGUUACACGCUAUUGCAGCAGAGGUAGGUAUCUGAUGAGUUUGCAAUAGUAUUAUUUUUUGUACAUUAUAUUUUGCAAUAACAGCGAAUUAUAAUAUAUUUUAAUAAUUUUCAGAGCUAUAAAACUUUAAGUACGAUAACAGAUUUUCCAAUAGUUGACACGGAUCUAAAAGCUCCAAAAAACGAAUAAUAAAAAUACGUAUUAUUUUUGUAUCACACUUUUCUGUAUACACAUUCGUUGUGAAACCAUAGAAAUAUUUGUAAAAAAAAAAAAAUAUAAAAUAUAUGUUAAUACGUGUUAUUUUAGAUUCGGAGUGUAGCAUGAAUCUAUAAAUGAACUUCACCCCGAAUCAUUUUUCGUUUGCAAUGGCUUAUCGUUGCAUACAAGUUUCAGGUAUUAAUAAAAUAAAUAUAUGUAUUCUAUCUACAACAGCGGCACACGCGUCCCCAUUAUCGGUUCUAUUUUGUUUAGGUUUAUUAAUUUUAUUAUAUCUAAAUCAUGUAUGGUAGCUUAAUUCUUGAAUUUGAAGUUAAAUAAACGGGUUUUAUGAAAAUGGAGGUAAAUAAAACAAAACAGGCUUUUAUUGAAAUAUUAUCUUCCCAGCCAAAUUUCUUUUCAAAAAAAUUGCUAUCAUUUUAAAUCGGAGCAAAAUUGCUGGUAGAAAAUUUAUUCACAGAAAAAAAAUAUCGGAAUUUUUUAUUAAUACAUUUCGUACAUUUUCCCUUUUUUCUCAGUUUUUUUUCGGUUUUUCACAUUUGAUGAGAAAACUCUUGAAAAAAUCGAAAAAUGACCACCUUAAAGUACCUUCCCAGUCAGAUUUAAUUUUAGAAAAAGUGCUAUCAUUGUAAAUCGGAGCAAAAUUGUAGGAAUUAAAGUUGUUAACAGGAAAAAAAUUAAAAAUAAAAGCAAGUGCUGUCUACUUAGCAUUUAAUAGUGAAGUUUUAGGUCUUGGACGUACUGUACUUUGUCUCACAUGGUUCUAAUUUUUAAAUAAUUAAAUUGCAUCGACAUUCAAGAUGGGGUUUGAUGAAUGUAACCAUAAAGUUCUACAUGAUUUGAAGAAAAAGCGAAUCAAAUCGUUGUUGAUACGGAUUUGCACAUUUAUAAACAAAUUUAAUGUAAGAAAGGAGGUUAUUACGUUGGUUAAAAGUAAGCAAGAGAAGAUUUCGGCGAUAAACUGUAAAUUUGACGAUAUCCAAUCUCAAAUAAGAGCUUCUUAACGUUGAUAAUGCGGAAGCGAUCGAGCUAGAAAGAGAGAAGUUCGAGAACAAUUAUUUUGCCAUUAGAACAAAUUCAAAAUGCAGAGUUGAUCAAUGCAGAAAAGAGCCACAACUCAUCUAUGCAAAAUAAUUCCAUGAACGCAUCUACCCCGGUUCAAAGAACUUGGCUAGGACCACCUUUACCCAGAUUUGAUGACAAUAAACAAGAGUGGGAAUCCUAGUUUAAUUGCUUCAAGUCUAUGGUAUAUAGCGAGGAUGCCUUUCCGCCAGCGCAGAAGUUUUCGUAUCUAAGAUCUUUCUUAGCCGGUGCCACAUUGGAUAUUAUCAAGGCAAUUCCAAUAACAGAAGCCAAUUAUGCCGUAGCAAUAAAUAGAUUGAAAAAAUGGUAUGAGAACAGAAUUAUGGUAAUACAGUUUCAUAUUGGGAAUAUAUUGAAUUGUCCAUAAGUCGAAUCUAUACUAUCCAUACACCAUACUGCAUUCAAGUGUUGUUUCUCAUGUUCUGAAACUAAAAGUAUUGGAGCAGCCAGUGAAAAUAUGGAAUGCAUGGUUUGUAACAGUUUUGCUCAGGAAGAUUGAUCAUGUUACGCAUAAGGACACUGAGCAUAGAAUUGGAUGAAUUUCUAGCAAAUCGGAGCAUGGAACAGUAGCAAGGCAGGGAUCAAGAAGGACUGGAAUAAUACACAGCCCGAAAGUAAGGUCACGCUGGCUGUGAUGGAUGCCGAGCCUGAAACCUGUGCGUGCUGUUCUAAAGUGCAUUGGAUAUACGCAUGUAGGGAAUUCAAGUAAUUGGUACAAGUGGAGUGUUUUAAUUGAGUGCCAUCUACUCGGUUAUGUUUUAAAUGUUAAAGCCCGUACUAUAUGACUAAUUUUUGUCAGUCAAGAUCCUUUUGUCAGUGUUGCAAGGGAAAGCACUGGUAGGCCACAUACACACACACACACACACACACACACACACACACACACACACACACGCAUUACACAAUGGGUAUGAACUCUAAACUAUAAGUUAAUGUUAUCUGUUUUUGUGAAUUAUAAAAGUAUAUUUAAACUAUCGAUAAAACUGUUACUGCGAUAAAGUAAUUUUUUGCUGUGUAUCGGCUAAAAUAGCCAAAUCAGUUAAAAUAUACGUAAAUUAUUAUGAACAUUAUUAUUUUUGUUAUUAUAAAAUCGUGUGCGCCAAUCGUCGUGAAUAACAUUAUUUAAUGUAAAAGGCGAGAACGCUUAUUUUCACCGCCGUUACCAUUUUGUCUAAAAUAAUUAUUUAUAGUUUUUAAGUGCGUGUGUGUAAUUAAAUUAUUUAGGUAUAGGUGCAGAGCAGCUAGGUCAGUCUACUCUCCACACAAAUUGUGAGUUCUUUUUAUUAUUAUUUGGUAUUGUUAGUUACCUUGCCAAUUUAUUUAUUCUUCCAAACCGACAAUAGUUUUUGUACUUAUUAUUUUUUUACCCUAUAAUACUAUUAUUUUUUACGUAUGCGUGUUGCUAUGAAUUUUUCUUUUAUAUAUUUUAUAUUGAUAUUGUCUUGAUCAUUUAUUUGAAGUUUAACUGAUUAGUAAUAAGUAAUAAUAUUUGUUACCUGACCAUGGUUUAUAGCAGUUUUAAACCAUGUUAUCAAAAAUUCAUAAUAAUGGAGAUAGAUAAGAAUAUAACAUUAUCAUCUAUUUUUUAUGCAAAUUACAAACAAAACAAUUUAGGUUAAGCAUGCAUUUAGGAACAUUUUCAAUAAAAUUCAUUACAAAAACCGAAAUUUUAUUUAUAUUUUAUUUUAUUUUAUAUUUUGAUUUGGAUAGUGGAUUUUAGCAAUAGUUUUUGGCACCUUUUAAAAUGUAUCGCUCUAAGCAAUUGCUUAUAUUUCCUAUAUAUUAAUCCUCCCCUGCUCCCGGCUCGAAUAAUUAUAAUUUUUUAAAAGUAGGAAUACCUCAAAAAAUAGAAAUGACAAUAAUAACAAAUAAUAACCUACUAUUUAGUUAUAAAAUUAAAAUAAAACAAAAAUUGUAUUCAACUUCUUUAUUGAUAGAAACCACUUUUGAGACGCUAUUAAAAAUCUACUUUCAUCAUAAUUUUAAUGAAAUUUCGGAGGGUAGCGGUUCGAACCCCUAUAACCCUCUUCCCCCCAUUAUACAUGCGUCGGGAUGAUAAUGUCUGAUUGUAGGUUCAUUUUUGAUAAUUUUUCUGAAAAUAUACAUUAAAUAAUAGGUACAUUAGAUUAUAAUAUUAUCUUUUGUGCGAUAAUAAGUAUAGGUUCACUAUCACAGAAUGGAAAAUAUUUAUUUAUUUAUUUAAUGAUAAACUAUUAGAUUUUUGUUAUUUUAUUCUCCAUUAUUAGCUAUAUAUCUUUAAUAUAGUUACUAAUUAAUAUUUGGUAUUGGUAUAUACUAUCGUACAAAUUCACAAGAACCUUAAUCAGUCUCUCUCUCUCUCUCUCUCUCUCUCUCUCUUGAGUUACAUAUUUUACACUAGUAAGUUAUAAUGUAUUAGUAAGAGAUUAAUUUAAGAGAAUCAUUUUAGUGCCAAAAUCUCACAGUUUUUUUCUACUAUCUAUAUUGUAUUACUACCCGUGGCGUGCCCAGGAAUUUUUAAUGAGAAGAGAUAUAAUAAGAAUUAUGAAUGAUUCGUACCAUACGCACCAUACGCAUCAGUGCGUAACCUCUCAUUUUUUUUCUAGGUUUGCCCAGCAGAAGCCCCCUUUUUUUCUCCAGUCCUUUCCUAUCAUCUUUAACCUAACCAACUACAUUUAUCCAAAAGAGUUUGAUUAUAGUAGUUGCAGAACCGAAGAAAGGCUGCUAUAUUCGGAACACAUAUUCUUAAAUAAGUAUCUAUCUGUAUGUUACUCUGCUUUUCUACAUAUUUAGAAGUAGUGACUUCCUAUAAGUCCUGCCGAAGGGCUUUACACAACUUGCAAUAAAUCAAUGCUUCGUUAUAUUAAUUAAAUAAUUAACUUUUUUUAACUGAAAAUAUCAAGUAAUCGGCUGAAUUUAAUCUUUUAGUCACACAGUUAUAAAUAUAAAUAAUUCUUUAUAUUAUGUUGUGCAAGAAUAACAUUACGAACAUAACAUUAUAAAUUGUUAAUUGUUAAUCACAUGAGCUGUGAAAUCAAAUUUCCCUUCCAGUUGACUUGUUGCAGUUACAAUAUUUUUUGAGGCUUUUUUUUACGUAAUUUUUAUUAGGUAUCGGUAGGUCCUCUAUGGAUAAAAUUAUAAAGACUAAACAAAAUUGCUUACAAACUUAACAGGAGUUUCCGUUCUUCAAAACAUGUAUAACAAAAAUUCGCUCAGACCCGUUUUCGUUAGCGAACAUUAAUUGCUGUGUACAGAAAUAUAUUGAAUUCCCCUCUAUAUCCUACUUUCCCAACUUCUCAUUUACAACAGUGACCGAUCGUGUGAAGUAUGUCCGUAUCUUUUUAUUAUUAUUUGUAACUCGCGUGUUUCGCUACAUACUUUGUAUAGAGACGAUCCUAGGGGAGGUUUGGGAGGUGUGAUAUCUCCCAUAAAAUGGGAAAGAGGGUUACAAGGGCUUUGUAACAUCGCUAUCUUAACAUUUUCCGAAAAUAAUAAAAUAAAGUUAUUUUUUUAAUAAAAAAAAAUUGAAUUCAAUUAUAAAUAUUUGUAGUCUUUAUCCUUAAAAACAGAAUUUGAUUAUAUUUUAUUAUCUCCGGUGAUAUUCAAGGGGUACAUCUUCGUGGGACAGCGUGUAUAUUAAUGUUUAUAUAAAUACACUAAGGUCUUUGCGCAAAAUAAUGUUAAGUAUAGGCAACUUUACUAACACAUGUGCAAUGCAAUAAACAUUAGUAUAGCAAUAGGUUUGUUGAAAGCAUUUAUAAGCACCGAGUAUAGAUAAUGUGUUCCAACUAAUAAUGUGACAAAUCUGGAUUAUCCGAAAAUCCAAAAAAUUCGGAUUUUGGAUAUUAAACUACUAUAUCCGGAUUUUGGAUUAUGAAAUCCAAAUGUCGAAUUUACGGAUUUCAAAAUCCAAAAAUUUUAUUAUAAGUAUUACAUAAAAAUAUACUAUUCAAUGUUUCAAAAUCAAAAAUCCGGAUUUUCAAACUUCGACAAAACUGUUAUCUUUAAACUGUUAUCACUAGUUCCAACUUAACUCAUUUAGUUUUGACAUUUUAAAGAUAAUAAUACCAUUCAUAUAGGUUUUAUGGAAACUACAUUUUACCGCGGUAAAAUCAAAUAAUAACGCAUCAUGUUCACCCGUGGUACCUUUUUAAAAAAACUACUGAUCAUGAAAUUAAGAAAAAUCACACUCCGAUACCUUAAAAAUCCCAAACAUCGCCGUGAAUACUGUAAAAUCUGAUAUUUACGUACCUAGUUGAUCCUAUAUAAGUCAAAAUCCUUGGUUUCUAUCUCGGUUGUGAAUUUCUAUAUAACUAUCACGAUGGGAACUAUCACCGUAUGGGCCACGCCUUUUGAAACAUUGUACGUAUACCUAUAAAACAAACGGGUAACCUCUGAGAGGUUAGCUAAACAAUAAUAACGACCAUAAAAAAAAAAAAGAAAAAAUGAUAAUAGUUUUAAUUUAAACAUUAUACACUGAUAAUUUGUUAUAUUAAUUAGUAAUCGUCGAGAGCGAUGAGUCAUUAACAGCGGAAAAUAUUAUUAAUAACGUCACUGCGUGAAAAUACAAUCGCUAACAUAAUUAGAAGUCUCCAUUGAAUAUGUGAAUUAAUACAUACGUGAAUACAACUCUGCAAAUGAAUAAAAUUUUAAUAUCUAUGUUUACGUGUUUUAAUGUUAUUAUAACACUAAAAUACGUGAAUGCGUAAAUAUACUUUUACACCGUUAUAAUUACACGCGUAUAGAGAUUUUUUAAGUACAUGGCUUUAUAGAUUCAGAUGUCCAUUUCAAGUAAAUACGUGAAAAUGUGUACACGUGACAUAGGUAGCUCUAAACAUAGUAAUCAUUUUUAUAAAAAUAUAUAAAACCCCAAUUUAUAUCGAUAUUAUGAUACAACGAAUAAUAUUAUUUUAUCGUAAUUUAUACGUAAAUCGAGUAUAUACCCAGACAUUUCAGUAAGGCCACAGGUUUUAUUAUAUCAUUAAAAGGUUUUAUUUUAAUUGCACAAAUUAUCGCUGGUUUUUCAAUGCACUGAUAAACACAUACCUAAACAACAAAAAACGCCUGCUUUAAUUUUAUUUUAAUCAAAUAACGAUUCAGAGCUCAGUGAUAUAAGCAGUUACUAUAGGAUCUGUAUAUUGUAUUUUUUACUAAAAUAUUUUUUUAACUUGAUUAUACUAAUAAUCAUUCAAAAAUCGAUACAAAUUUUAAAUAAACUUAUCUAAUACCAUUUGUUAUUAGUUUUUUUUAUUUUUAGAAAAGCAGCUGACUAUUUUAAAAAAAGUUCAAAUAAACUUCCACUAGAAAUCAUAUUUUUUUAAGCGCUGCGUGAACAGAUUUAAUCAUUUUUCUUAAUCGAAAAAGUGUUUAACCUAUAACGAUAAAUACUAAAAAGUACAACUGUUAUCACAACUUAUUAGAAAUUUGGAAGAAAUGAAUUAUAAAACCAUGCGAUAAAACGAGACGGUUAAACAAUAUACCUAUCGAGCGUGAAUUAUUAAUAAUGGCACCCCCUCCUCCCCCCUUUAUGUUGAACAGUGUCCUUUAUUUUAUUCGAUUAAACUGAUACGUCUAAACUAUAGUAAAAACUACUACUUCUACUGUCGUAGUACCUAUUUAAUUUGACUAGAAUUACUCCCAUGUAAAUAUUAAUUGCAGAUAGAAACAUAUCAUAUUAUUAUUAUCAAAACGAAUUUGUAUAAUUAUUAACAAUAAUAUGUAUAUACAUAUAGAAACUCGUAUAUACUAUGCAUUUGAAUAUUUUUAUGAGCACGUACGGAAUGUUUCAGUUUAACGUCAGGACGGUACUAAUGCAGUGCAACAAAAAUUAACGAAAAAAAUGUCAUUAUUUAUUUACGAAUUCGCUACGUAGAUUAAUGGUACCUGAGUGAUUAUAAUUACAUCAUUGUGUUUAGAAUUCGCAUAUUAUACCGGCUUACAUUGUAUUUUUGAAUGAUUUUCUUAUGGUAAGUACAUAAAAACCAUAAUAGUUUUAGAUAAAUGUUUGGUUAAAUUUGUUAUCUAAUUGUAGCGAAGAGUCUAUUAGUUUUACUACUAUUCGGUGACACCAUAUAUUUUAAUUGGUUUAGACCUAAAAUUCAGACAAAACAAUAAAAAUUGUAUUUAUAAGAUUUAAAUUUUGAAAAUCGAUAAUAAUUACUUCGGUUCUUUACUAGGAUACGUUGGAAAUAAAUAUUUAAUUAUUUUACUGUGAAUUAUAAAAAAAAAUCGAUUGUAUUUUAAAAAAUUAUCAAAAGAGUACUUCAAAUAUUUUGUCUUUUAUUUUUGAUAAAGAGAAUUAAAUUUUUUUUAAAAAAAUAGAAAAGGUAUCCUAGUAAAGAACCUAAAUAAUCAUAAUACCUUUUCAAACGAAAAUCCCACAAUUUCAAUAGUUUCGUAUGGCUUUUCAUUCUAAAACGUUAUAUUUCGAUAUUCGUUCAUAGAAACGGCCGUACCCUUUCCCUUUAAUUUAAUAUUAGAUAGUAAAUACAGUUGUAUGCUCAGGAAUUUUUAAUGGGAAUGGAUGUAACAAAUAAAAAUCGUGAAAAAAUAGUAAAAUCGUCUUCUCUACCUGACUCGACUAUGGGAAUUGGUAAUUUAAAAACCAGAUCCUAAAAAAAUAGUCAAUUUUUAUUCAAUACAUCAAGUUUUUUCUUGGAAAUUGGCCGAAAUUUAUGAGUUUCGAUAUUAGAUUACUCAUAUUUUGUUGUAUAUUUAAGCCAUUAGGGGGAUAUAAUCUCUAACGUCCCCCCCUCUGGGCAAGCCACUGAGUAAAUUAGUAGAACAGGAAUAUCAUUAGGGUAGUCAUAUAAAUGUAAAAAACAUUUUAACAAUUUAUAAAAUUAGAGAAAAUUUGAAAAAUUGUCAUCAAUUCUCUUAAGAUUUGGUUUUUAUUUUCCCAAGUAAAAACACAUUUCCGUCAAGUUAAAACACCCAAAAUUGUUCACGUGAAAUACAGAAUGUCUCACAGUGUUAUCCUUAUACAAAUAACUUUUUCAAUAUUAAUUUUUUUUUCAAUCGGGUUAUGUGCGAGGAGCACACGUGUGUAGAAAAAAAUGCAUUUUUUUUUUUUGCAUUCCUUUACUGAAAAAUAAUUUUUUUAAUUUUCCACUUUGUAAAUUAUAUUAUUCUAAACAUUUUAAUGUAUCAUACAUUCAUAUACGAUAAACAGUUUCUUAUUAGAAGACAUUUUAAUUUCUAGAAAACCAUUGAGAAAACAAUUAAAUAUAUAUAAUAGUAGAGUUUUAUUUUAGACCCGGAGCGUAGCGUAUCUAUUGGUUUCACUAUGACGCCUGUUUUUGUAUUUUUUCUUUUUUGUGUGUGGACAACUUUUCUACCAGAAUACUAGAACCGAAUUAUAGACUAUGGAACUUUUUCUGAAAAGUAAUUUUCUCUUUGGUAAAUUUAGGAGGUAAUUUUUUGAUUUUUCAAGGGUUUUUCGAAAUAGUUGAGAAAAAUCUGAAGGAAAAAUUAUUGGUACAACAGAAAAUAUUUAUAACGCGCUACGAUGUUACCGUUUUCAUUAUGUUUCUUACGUAUACACGAUAUUUUCUAUCAAAAAUAUUGCUUCAAACUAAAAAUGACAUGAGUUCAAUUUUGUUUCUUUUAAUAUUUCGUCAUUGCCACGGAAGGUCAUUUUUGAUAAUAAUUAGGAAAAACAAAAAAUUACGAAAUAUACGUAUUUUUUAAAAUUCCGGCAAAACGAUUUCAUUAUUUUAGAUUUUUACGGUUUAUGUUUUCUAGCAUAAAUAUUUCUCCAAAAAAAAAAAACAUCAAACUAUCUUUUUUGUUUAAGGAUGUCGUUUUAUGAUUUUCUUUAUAGUUUUUUUUAAUAAUUGGGGGAAACCUAUAAAUACGUAGAAAUUACGGGAAAAUUUACGAAAAUAAUUUUGUUAUUAUUUUUUAUUAAUGUAAUUCAGUUUAAUAUAUUUAUAGAGACUUGAAAUUUUAAUAAAAUCUUAUAUUUGCUUUUUCUAAACGUGGUAAAACUUUCAAUUGGGCAGUUUUUAUGCUAAUUAUAUACAUUUAAAUUUUGUAAUAUUUUACGAAAUUUUUAUUGGGUAGGCAAUCUACAGAAAAAUACAUUGUUAAACUAACAAAGAUGCUUGAAAAUUUUAUAGGAGGUUUAUUAUAGUUUAAUGUUUAGUGGUCAGAUAAAAAAAAAUAGUUUUAUGUAGUUUUCAAUUUUUUUUUUUUUUUAUACAUUUUUAAUUAAAUAUGUUAAAAUCAUGUAUAACCGAACCUAACUCCGAAUUGUUGUACGUUAUCGAAACUAAGUUUGAUUAUACUUGUUUUGAAAGUUUAUAAUAUUUACGAUUUUCAUAAAAACUUGAUUUUUACCGUGACCUAAUUUUUUUUCUUUCGACCACUAAGUACGACUUUUAAUGAAUCUCCUAUCAAAUUUCUUAUCAUAUCUAUAAGUUCUAACAAUUUAUCUACAGAUUACCUACCAAAUAAAAAUUAUGUAGAAAAAUCGCAGAAUUAAAAUGUCUAUAAAAAACUCAACAAUUUGUUCGAAUGAUCUGAACCUUUUACCAUGUCUAGAAAAAGUAAAUGUACAUUUUCUGAAAACAUUUUAAUUCACUACGAAUGUUUUAAAAUGAAUUAUAUUAGGUAGUAGAGGGGAACUUAAAUUUUUUACUGUAUGUAACGAUAAGCCAUUGCUAACGAAAAAACGAUUCUGAGCGGAGUUCGGUUAAUAGUGUUGCUUUGUCAACAAUAUAUAUAUAUCAUAUUUUAGAUAAAAAUGUAUUAUAUAUUUUUUUUAUUAAUAUUUGUUUAAUAUUGUACCUAUUUUCCCGUUUUUUCUACGGAUUUCCGAUGUUUUUUUUUCUGGUUCGUCUCAUUUAUUUGGAAACCUCUUAGAAAAAUCAAAAAAUUACCUCCUUUAUGUACCUCCUCACUCAAAUUUCCUUUUGGAAAAAGUGCUAUAAUUAUAAAUCGGAGCACAAUUUCCGGUAGAGAAGUUGUUCACUGGAAAAAAGAAGGCCGUAAUAUUUUUUCAUUAAUAUCCAAAUUUCGUACAUUUUUCAGUGGUUCACAGAAAAAUAAAAAAUAAACAUCAUUGUAAAACCAAUGAAUUCCUUUCUCCAAUCAGAAUUUAAAUUUUAAAAAAUUAAAUAAUUAUUUUCGUAAAUGUGUCCGUUCUUUCUACGUUUUGUUUAGGUUUUGCUCAAUUAUUAAAAAAAUUAUAAAGAAAAUCAAAAACUUACUUUCCUACAACAUUAAAAAUGAAACAAAAUCGAUCUCUUGUCAUUUUUCGCUCGGAGUAAUAUUUCUGGAAGAAAAGUUGUUCGCAAAAAAAAAAACAAAAUACACAUCAUAGUAAAACCAAUACAUUCCUUCGAAUUCAAAACAUACCAAAAAUACAUUGAAAAUAACAGCGCAGUCAACCGUAUAUCUUGCAAUACUCUAAAUGGCGCCCCUGGGUGUCUACACUUGAAACAUCGGAGCAAGAUUUCUGGGAAAAAAGUUGUUCAAAAUAUGUAUAAAAAAAAAAAAAAUAAAAUAAACAUUAUUGUAAAACCAAUACAUUCGUCGCUCCACUCCGAACCGAAAAGGUAUAUUAAUUUUAUGCAUUACGUCAUUUUCCUAAACAAUUUUCUUUCUUUUCUUACAAUACUGAUUACAAGUUUACUAUGAAAAUUGUUUUGUUUAGAAAAACAAAAAAAUGUAUAGUAUAGAGAAGUAAUACCUAUGUAUAUAAUAUGUAACAUGUAAAACAUGUGUGUUUAGAGAGUAUGUAAUAACUUGAUAAGGUUUGUGCCGAGCCGGUCAACGGUGUUUAAUGUCGCAGUGUUCAAUGACGCGGUUAGGUGUAUGGCAUUAUCAUUGCUCGUCCAUGGUCAGUCGUACACUUCAAUGAUGGUAUUAAUCAAAUAUACACCAGCUAUAUACUAAUUUGGUAACUAACCAAAGGUAAGAGCAGAUACAAAGGCAAUGUAUAAGAGUGAUAAUAAUGUAAGAAGGUAAGACACGGGGUGCUCUGUCGCUUAAUACGAUUACGUCGUUGACUUCUUCCUAACGGUUGUAGGUAUUCUUUGUAAUGAGUUUGCAAAUGGUGACGAGAUCAAUAAAUUAGAAAUACAAUAUUGUUUUAUCUGCCCAUAAUGUUGGAACGCUAAGCCAUUAGGGAUAUACGGAGUGAUAAAUCUAUCAUAAGACUCUCAUUAAGUAGAAAUUAAGCAGAAAGUAUUAAUUUUUUCCGGAAUUCAUUUUCUAGGAAUUUUUAAGAAACAAGGUGCUCUACAAUUUUAUAUUUAUGUUAUUUUUUUUCGCUCUUCUUUUUAGGGGUAAACCACUACCCAAAUUUGAUUUUAAAAUGGUAACAUAUAUUAAAAAUUCUAUAAAUAGAUGGAGUAGGUAUUAGUUAAAUUGAAUUUAAGUGUUGACAUUUUUUAUUUCUAUCAAGCCGUUGACGAGAUCACUUUUAAUUUUAGGUUGGAAGAGAGUAAUAGUGCAUUAAUAACACCCUGCUCGCCGUACCGCCACACAAAUAAAAAUAACACUCCACUACUCUCCUCCAACCUAAAUUAAAAGGGGAAGAUCUCGUCAAUGAAAAUCAAAAAUGUCAUCCCUAAAAUUUAUUUUACCUAAUACUUCCUCUAUUUAUGGAAUUUUUAAUAUAGGUUAGCAUUUGAAAAUCAAAAUUAGGUAGUGGUUUUACUUCUAAAAAGAAGGGCUACAAAAAAUAACAUAAAUAUAAAAUCGUAGAGCAGCUUCUUUCUUAAAAAUUCUAGAAAAUAAAUUCUGGAAAAAGUUAAUACUUUUCGGAAUUAUCACUCUGUAUUAUUAAAUAUAUUUAUUAUUAUUGAUAAUAAUUAUUAUGUUUAGACUAUUUACUGAUUGCUUAUUGUCUGAUUUAUUCACACGUUUUUUUUUUUAUCUCUUAGUUAGAGUUCUCGUACUAUAUUGUACUAUAAAAUUCUAUUUUGUAUAAGUAGGAGCAGAUGAUAAAUAAUAAUAUUGGUUUUUCGUAAGAAUAACGAAUAACAUUAUACACUUUUACAUUUUUGUGUGUAGCGAAGAAUCGUUAAGUUUUACAUACAAUAAGAUGCUUUUCAAUUCUCUGAUUUCUGCUACCGUAUCUAAAGUAAUUCGGAUUUUCUGUCCAGUAACACUACGUCUGAAAAUGUUUUCUAGAUUCCCAAUUUGUUUAUUGAAAAAUCAAAAAAUUAAGAACAAAUAAAGAUUCAUAGGUUUUGUACAUUUCUAGGUUAAUUUUAGCAAAAGUAGAAAAAUCCAUGAGCAAUAGAGUUGAAUUUCUCCCUAGUUGACUUCUUGCUGUUACAAUAUUUAUUGUUUUUUUUUUCUAAUAAUAAGGAAAUGAACAAGUUAUUUACGUAAUUUGUAUAUGGUAGGUACUCUAUGGAUAAAAUUAUUAGACUAAACAGAUAAUUGCUUAAAAAUUGAACAGGAGUUUCAAUAUUUUAAAACAUAUGUAAUAAAACUCCGUUCAGAAUUGUUUUCUUUAGUGAACAUUAAUUGUUACGUACAGAUAUAUAUUAAAUUCCCCUCUAUAAGAAUAUACCCUUUCAACUUCUCAUUUACAACAUUAGACCAUCGUGUGAAGUAUGUCUGUAUCUUUUUAUUAUUACUUAUAACUUGCAUGUUUCGCUACAUAUUGUGUGAAUCUUCCAUGGCCCUGGCCGGGCGGUCUCGAGAACCCGCCUGUCAGACAGUUCUUACAGGGGAGGGGGAAGAAAUGUGAAAUAAAAUAACAACACCAAAAAACGUUAACUCGGUUCGACCAUCGAUACCAAAAAUGUUUUAAUAUCUAUGGAUUUAACCAUAUUAUAAUAUUAUUAGCUACUUCAUAAAAAUCAAAUUUUAAAGUAAUUAUGAAAACACUAAAGACAAUUAAUAACAAUGCACAUAUAUACGUGGCCAAUACCCCCUCGCCUCCCUUCUCCGCAGGUACAACACUGGCACCAGUAGAAAGAACACCGAACCGUAAUUUACUCGUAAUUUAAAUUAGGAGUUAAAUUAAAUAAAGGAUCUAUUCAUUUUAUUAUGAUGUGUGCUUUUUUUAAAAAUUUGAAAUGUAGCGAAGGAUAUAUUGAUUUUGCUAUGGUGUGUUCUUUACGAGAUUCAGAGCGUAGCAAGAGAACUAUUAAUUUUACUAUGCUAUGUGUAUUUUUUUUUUAUCUGCAAACAUCUUUUCUUCCCUAAAUCUUGCUCAAAUUAACGGAGUUUAGCAACUUUUCUAAAAGGAAAUUUUAUCUAGUACCUGUCGGCAUUAAAGAGGUUUUUUCUUUUAAAUUCAAAGGGAUUUUCAUAAUAAUUGGGAAAAACUGGAAAGAAAAUUACAGUUAAACAGCAAAUAUUUAUGGGUGCCGUGGCAUUACCGAUUUCACUGUUUUUAAUAGUUGUUCAAACUAUUGUUUUCUACUAGAAAUAUUGUUCAAUCAAAAUAUGACAAAUUUUUUUGGUAAUUUUUAAAUCCGGGCCUUUACACCUUGUAUAGACAUAAACUAAUACAUUCUUUUUGUUUGUUUAAUUAUUUAGAAAUAUAACAUAUUAUAUUAUCAAUAUAUAAAACGAAAUAGUUGUAUUUUAUCUGACGAUAUCACGACGUGACAUUCAUUAUGUUCAGGUAUGCUGAAAGUGCUAUCAAAGUAAUUAUUUUUUGUUUAUGUAAAUAAAUAAUAAUCGAUUUUAUUAUUUAAGAUUAAUGACGGAUUUCGAUGAAGUAAAAAGACGUCAAAAUCCAAGAGCCAAUGCAAAUAUUUUUGAAAUACUAUCUUUUAGGUACGAAAUAUUACAAUGAUUCUAUCUAUGUAUAAUUUCAACAAACUCAAAAAUAAUAACCAACUGAAUUAUUUUAUUUAACACAUUGUAAAUACAAUUCGUUAUUUUCUGUUCUCAGCUGGCUAUUGAAUUUGUUCGCAACAGGACGAAAAAGAGCUUUAAAAGAAGACGAUUUAUAUACAACGUUAAAUAAUCAUAAGGCGUCAUUGUUGGGCUGUGAAUUAGAAAAGUAUAAUAUUAUGCAUAAUUAUUAUUUUAAUAAUUUAUUUUGUUUUAUCAACCAAAAUUCGUCUGAUUUAAGGAGAUGGAUAAACGAGUUGGACGAGGCAGAAAUAGAGAGUCGAAAACCCAGUUUGUUAAGAGCUCUCGCCAGAAUGUUUGGUACUCAAUUGUUUUGGUACGGAGUAUUACAAUUAACCAAUGAAAUAAUAUUCAGGUAAUAUCGAAUUAUAAAUCGAGACUCCAGUAACUUAAGUCCUAAAAUAUAAAUAUUUGAUUUGGCAUUAUAUUUACCUACAUUUUUAAUAUUAUUUUCUGGUGAAUUUUCGCCAAAACCUAUUCAAUUAUUAAAUAUUAAAUCGAUAUGUUAACCUGCUUUUUAGGUUUUUUUUUAUGUACAAAAUGAUCCAUUUAAAUGAGCACACUUGAUAAUUCGGAAAAUAUUUACUUUUUAAAUUGUUUUUUAAUUUAAGAACAAGCUGCACUAAAAUUUAAUGUUCACAUUAUUUGUUGUCGUCCUAAUUUUUUGGGGUGAAUUAACUACUUACUUUUAAUUUUUAAAAGUAACCAAUAUUAAAAAUUCUUUAAAUAGAUGGGGAAUUAGUUAAAAUACAUUUUGGUGUUGAAAUUUUUGAUUUAAGUCAAACAGUUAAUGAUAUAAUAUAUUCCUCUUUUAAGUUUGGGUCGGGUGAGAGUAGUUUAGUAUAAUUUGUGUGGUGGCAAGACACGCAAGGUUUUAAUGAUAUACCACUACUUUAUAAAGCCGGUAGUCGUUUCACCCCCCAAAAAUUAGGGUGAACAAAAAUAAUGUAAAUAUUAAAUUCUAGAGCAGCUUGUUUCUUAAGUUUUCAAAAAAAAAAAAAAUUAAAAAAGGAAAUAUUUUCCGAGAUAUCGAGUGUACAUACUUAAAUGGAUCAUUCAGUAUAUAGAUUUACGAUAUUUUUUUUAUUUUUAACUCCAAUGGCCUCAGUAACUACGGAUUUUGUUCUAAAAAAAAAAAUAUAUAUAUAUUUUUACUUGAACCAACCAUUUUAUAUGAUAUUUAAUUCAUUGGUACCUAUGAUAAGUAUAAUGGAGUUACUCGGAUUGCGAAUUCAUGAAGUCGUUACGAUUGAAUUUUCCUCUCUGAUCUUCUAACGGGCAACUAAGCAAAAAAUGUGUUAAUUUAAAACCAACGAAUAGAAAGGGAUAAACAAUAAGAUUUACUAAACAAAUUUAAUUUAAAAAUACAUAUUUGUAAUCCUCAUCUCUGUGAGUAAUAUUAAAAAAAAAAAACAUAAUUUAAUUAUCUUUUAUUAUCUCCGGAUAUAUUCAAGGGAUAUAUCUUCGUGGGACACACUAUAUUAUAAUAGUCGAGUAGGUUGUAGUAAUACAGGUUAAAAUAUGUAAAUAUUUUUGUAAUAAUGAAAUGAAGAUUUGAAAUCAAUAACGGGCUAAGUACUAAACUUAACCUACCUGUUGAUUUCAAGUUAUUUUCUUUAUAAUUUCCAUGGUAGCUACGACACAUAGCUCUUAGGUUAGUUUAUUGGGUCUUGUACACACUUUAUAGGUUGUUGGCGAUGGUACAUAGCUCAGUUUUUUUUUUUUUUUUUGACGUUAUUGAUAUCAAGUCUUCAAUUAUACAUUUGUUUUUUUCAAAAACCAUUAAUUACAGUAGCGCCGAUAACUCCUAGACCCUCAUGUGCCAUGUUAUGAUAUACUUAACAUACUUCUAUUACGAAAUAUCUAAUUGUUUAAGUACAGCUAUUUCAAAAACAAAUUAUUGUCUUAUAAAAUAUUUUAAUAUUUUACUCCCCUCCUUCCCUCCUGUAGAAUUUACCCGAUGACGCCUUUGCGAAAUUGGUAUAAAGGACCUUAAAACACAUAAACGCAAUUCAAUUCACAGAUGAGAUUAUUUUUAAGGAAACCUGAUCGGCGUGUCUUGGAAUAUUAUUUAAUAAAACCAUAUCUAUUUAAAAAAUAAGAUUUUUCAUAACUUCGAUAAUGAGUUGAAUAUAUUAUUAGAUUAUAAUUGUAAAACAUCCAUGAGGUUGUCUUUGAAAUGUCGUCAUUUGCAAAAUGUAUAAUUGGUGGUUCAACUCGAAACGCGAAUUUAAAGGCUUUUCAUUUGUUUUACGUAAACACAUAAUGGUCAAAAAAACCUACCAGCAACUGCAACCUCUUAUACGAAAUUAUUACAUAAUAUUAUUAUGUAAUGUAUUCAUAUUAUUAUUAUAAUUAAUUUUUAUGUCCGUAUAUAGAAUUCCUCGGUCUCUGCUCGUUGGCGGAAUAUUGGCGUAUUUCAAUCCAGUUGGGUACAACCAGACCAAUAAUACGAACUCGUUAAUUUCUGCGUCGCUAUUAAUUUUUAAUAUGGCUAUCGUCAUUGUAAUCAGUCGAUAUGUGCAAAUCGAAGUAGAACAUUGUGGAAUGAAAAUACGCGUAGCUUGCUGUUCUAUAAUAUACAAAAAGGUUAAUAAUAUAUACUCGUUCCAGUGAUGCUAAAUAUAAUAGUUAACAGUUUUCUCUUGAAAAAAAUUUGCUUUGGCACGGUUUUUUUUUAUUUGGUAGGUACUCUGUGAAUAAAAUUGUAAGACUUACAAGAAAUGCUUGAAAAUUGAACAGAAGAUUCAUUAUAAGUUGUACUUAGUAGUAAAACUGUAAAAAAUUGAAUGUAAUGCAGUAUUUUUUUUUUUAUAUAAUAGAAUAUAUAUAAUAUAUUAUUAUACUCCGCUCAGAACCGUUUUUUUCGUUAGCAAUUGUAUGUCGUUUCUUAUAAAUAUACAUUCAAUUUCCUAUAACAGUGACUAUACCCGUCCCAUUAUCCUAGGACAUCUUUUUUUUAUCAUACUUUGUAUUGUUGUAUAGGUGUUGCGGUUAAGUAAAUGUUCUCUUGAAGAAAAUUCAAUCGGUCAAGUUAUGAAUUUACUAUCAAACGAUGUCAUAAGAAUAGAUUCGGCAUUCAGAUUAUUCCAUAUUAUAUGGAUUGCACCCGUGGGAACGAUUUUCGCGACGUACUUAUUAUGGCUAGAAAUCGGAGUGUCCUCGUUAUUUGGUGUAUUUGGAGUGCUUAUUAUUAUCCCGUUACAAAGUUAGAACACGAACUAUUAAAUUUAAUUUAAUAGUAGGUAUAUAACAAUUCAUUUACUUACAGCGUUUAUCAGCAAGAAGAUUUUCCAAUUUAGAUCUAAUAUAGGUCUUGGGACCGACGAAAGGGUUAGACUGAUGAACGAAAUAAUUUCCGGUAUACAGGCAAUCAAAAUGUAUACGUGGGAAAAAAAAUUUGUUCAUCUAGUAAAAGACUCGAGAAAGUAGGUGCAACUAAUUUUUAAUUUCUUAAACUGUUACUGGAUAAUUUUGAUGUGUAACAUAAUUUAAUUGUUUUAUAUUUCAAUUGACGAUAUAAGGAAGGAACUUCGAGAUAUUAAAAAAACCAUGUGUCUCAAAUUUAUUCAGGAGUCGUUCAAAAUAUUCCAUACGAGAUUAGCGUUAAUGAUAAGCAUUCUAAUAUAUAUAUUACUGGGAAGUAAUAUUAGUACAGAAAAAGUAAUGAAAACAUAAAAAUCUUAAUAUUAAAUGGAUGGAUCUACUGUUACAGUCUGACAAACAAUACGAAUACAGCAACCAUACACAGUAAAAUUACGUUGUACAUAUAAUAUGUAGAACAUAAUUUGUGGCGUUUAGUUUAAGAAUUUCAAUACAAACAACAUCAUUUAAAUAGAUUAUUUUUGAGUACAGUAUAAAUUGUUUCAUAAUAUUAUAAAAAAAGCUACGUUUUAUCUAUCCUCGAUAAAAUUGUCUUCUUUAAAUUGUAUUAUUUUUGUUUAUACUCUAAUUUAAUACGCAACGUCACAAUUUGUGUUUUACACGUAACGUAAUUUUGCCUAAAUUGCUCGUUAAACAGACUGUAGAGUUACUACAGACGCUACAGUCUAUUUAAUGGUUUAAUGUGGUUGUAACGUCUUCUUAUUACAAAUUUACUUAAAUUAUAAUAUUUUAGAUAUUUGUCAUGAUAACGUUCUACAUAAACAUAAGGUUAACUAUGACAGUGCUUUUCCCACUCAGUAUCGGAUCGUUUGCUGAAAUGUUUGCAUCCAUUGAACGCGUCCAGGUAUUAAUACAAAAUAAUAUUAUUAUAAUACAACGAUUAUUGUAAACCGUAAGAAAAAAAAAACAAAUUGACAUAUUUCUAACGGUAAGUGGGCUACUGUUGUUGGUGAGAUGUUGGAAAGGCAGAGAACAAAUUUAAUGUAUAUCUGUAAGCAACGAUAAAUCAUUCAUAACGAAAACUAGUUUGAGUGGAGUUCGGUUAUUCUUGUUUUGAAAGGCCAUAAUAUUUACGAUUCGAAAUAGGCCGGAUUAUUAGGAGACAGCGUGACGUUACUGAUAUGCACAGUUCAAGAUGACAACUUACCAUGUUACUUAGCCAUGUUUGUGUUAAUGAAGUCGUAUAUUCUAAUUCUGUACACUCAGUUCCGCAACAGAAGCCCUAACAGAGUAGCGAUAAUACAUAAAUAAAUCUGUUUUAUGUAUAACUUAAAAACCUUUGACUUCCAAGUGUUAAGGAACAAAAAUAAAAGUGUAGUGUAACUCAUGAAUGUUGGAAUGAAGUGAGAUUAUAGACUAAAGAAAGAACUUACAUAGACACAAUAUAGAUAAUAUUAUUACUUUGAUAGGAUGCAUUUUAUUACUAGAACUGAGCUCUUUUUUUCCUGAAAAGGCACAUGCUGGAUGUAAGUAUCCAGAAUAAUAUACCGAUUUUCGCCAUAAAAUGAUAAGCAAUGACUAAUGAGAUAUUUGUGGUUGUUUUAUGUUUAAUACUUUAUUUAUUCAUAGUUCAAUAUUUGGAAUACAUAAACAUAAAUUAUUUUCUAGUGACAACUAGAACAUGUUAUAAACAAUAACAUGUUUGUAUGUAAUUUUUAAUGUCACCAUAAAAGACCACGGAAGAGAAUAAUUUUUUGCAUAAAUAAAAAGUGGUGAAUGGAAUCAAUGUUUUCAAUGAUUAUCUGUUACAAGGCUACUAGGCUUCUAUAACCAUUUAGCCAAGCAAACUAAUUUUAUUUAAAUCUAAGGAUAAAAAUUGUAGUUAUAAUGUUUUACGUAUAUUAUGCUGAUAACUCUAUAAGAAAAUGGCGAAUCUCAAUUAAAUAUUUGGCAACUGCCAUUAUAUUUUCAUCAAAUGGAUUAAGAAUUCAUCUUUCCAAGAAGUCAUCGUUAAGGAAUUUUUUAGUUACUGAAUUUUCAAUUCUCUAAACAAUACAAUUUUUGAAUUUACAUUUUUAUUGAUAUAAUUUGAAGCCAAAUCCAAUGCAUCAAAAUGAUAUCGUAUUUUGAAACAAAUGAUCCAAACCAAUUUUUUGAUAAAUGCAUUAACUUUGUCUACCAUUAGUAGGGUGUUUUUUUGCGGAAUUUUAAAUUUAUAUUCAAGUUGUUUAAAUGUGAAAAUAUAUCAUUCAAAUAUUUUGUAACUAAUAAUUAGACUCAAUUAAGUUUUUAUUUUAUAAGAGGGCCGUGAGGUAACUGAUUUUUUUUAUUACCUAUUUUGGCGAUUGAAACAAUACAAAUUUUUAGAAACAUAUAAAUAAUUAUAUAUUUUCAUAUUAUUAUUAUGAAGACGUUUCUGUUAACCGAUGAAAAACAAAACGCGAACGACAAACAAGAAAUAACCGCAAUCAAUAACGUGGCGUGUCAUAAUCAAAAUGACGAUGUCGAACAAUCCGUCAGUUUCGGAAUAGUCAUUUCAAACGUCUCGGCUAAAUGGAAGAACGACCAAUUGGAAAACUCUUUGAAUAAUAUUAAUUUGAACGCCGUACCGGGUCGAUUGGUCACGAUUAUCGGCCCCGUGGGAGCCGGAAAAGUGAAUAUAAAUUAUAUAAUACUAUAUAUCUUACGGACAAAAGCCGAAACUAGAACAAACGUAAUGUGCAAAAGGGGGUAAAAAGUCAUAUUUCGACUUUUGUCCGGGCAACCUAUUUUGCGCAAAGCUGUAUUGUCUAUUAAUUUCAAUUUUUUCACAGUAAGCAAGUAAGUAUUACUUUUUUCUUACAUAUUGCACAGAAAAUAAUUAUUACUGUUCCUUUAAAAAAAAAAGCUGAUCCUAGGGAUAUGUGUGCUACUGUUGUAGGUACAAGUUGGAAAUUAGGUUACAUAAAUAUAUUGAAUUUAUAUCUGCAAGCAAAAAGAAAUCUUUGCAUACGAAAAAUGAUUCACAGCGAAGUUCGAUAAGACCGACAUAUUUAGAAAUACCGUAAUUUUUACGAUUUUCGUCAAAAUUUUAUAUUAAAACGCUUAAAAAAAACUACACUGACGCUCACUUUUUUUUUUUACCACUAUGCAUAACUAUUAUGGACCUCCUGUUAAAUUUCCAAGCAUUUUUGUUAAACCUUACAAUAUUAUUUGCAAAGGUAUACCUACCAAAUAAAAAACAUUCACAAAAUUAAGAUAUCUACAAAUAGUCCAAAAAAGAAUCAAGUGUUUUUAAAAUAUUACGACGUUUAGAAAACAUCAAUAAAAGUUUUCUGUCAAAAUUUCUAAUUUUUAAAAAAAUUGUUAACUGAUUUAUAACAAAAAAGACUGACAUACUUCGCACGAUAGGUGGGCUACUGUUGUAGGUGAGAAGUUGGGAAGGUAGGAUUAUAGAGAGGAACUUAAUGUAUAUUUAUACGCAACGAUUAAUCUUUGCUAAAGAAAAAAUUCUGAGCGGAAUUAGGUUAUACAUGGUUUAAAAGGUCGUAAUAUUUAUGAGUUAAAAAUCAUGCAUGUCAAAUAUUUCCCCGUUUAUUUUCCUAUUUAUUAUUUAGAAAAUUAGAAUCUCCUUAAAAUACCAGCCCAGCUAAAUUUUUUUUCAGAAAAAGUGCUGUCAUUGUAAAUCGAAACAAAAUUGCUGGUAGAAAAGUUAGCCACAGAAAAAAAAAUAUAUAAUUGUAAAACCAAAACUUUCCUCACUUCACUCAAAAUCGAAAAUACGACAUCAAUAUUAUAUUUGUUAAUUUGUUUCUCAUAUUACAUAUUAUGUUACAAUACACGCUCUCUUAGGUUAUAUUUUGAAAUCUAUACCUACUAUACGAGUUUUACUGUGAAAAAUUAAAAUGUAUACGCUACGGUUUUGCCCAAGUGAUAUUGGUUACUAAUUAUUUAAUACAUUAGUCGGGUAAAAUCAGUUAUAAGACGUUUAGCCAAAGUAUCGUGAGGACUUAGCCUUAUACCCGGUCAUUUCUGAGGGCAUUUUCAUAUUUGUAUUGGCUCUUGGAUUUUGUGGUCUUUUUACUUCAUCGAAAUCCGUCAUUAAUCUUAAAUAAUAAAAUCGAUUAUUAUUAAUUUACAUAACCAAAAAAUGAUUACUUUGAUAACACUUUCAGCAUAUCUGAACAUAGUGAAUGUCAUAUAUCGUCGUGAUAUCUUCUGAUAAAAUAAAACUAUUUCGUUUUGUAUAUUCAUAAUAUAAUAUGUUAUAUUUCUAAAUAAUUAAACAAACGAAAAGAAUGUAUUAGUUUAUGUCUACACAAGUUGUAAAGGCCCGGAUUUAAAAACUACCAAAACAACUUGUCAUAUUAUGAUUAAUCAAGAUUUCGGUUUUUGCCUGUAACACACGUGUAUAUAUUCAUAAUAUACGCGUGUAUUAUAUAAGUGUUUAAUAUUAUAUACAAUAAUAUUUUAUAUAUUGUUACUUAUACACCGAUAUCGGCUGGCUUUUGGCGAUUACAGAGUUCAUUGAUAAAAGCGAUUUUACAAGAAUUGCCGCUAUCGGAAGGGAGCAUUUCAGUACGUGGCAAGAUAUCUUAUGCGUCUCAAGAACCAUGGUUAUUCAAUUCUUCCAUUCAAAACAACAUAUUAUUCAAUUCACCGAUGGAUAAGGAACGUUAUUUAAAAGUACAAACGACUGUACAAUUAUUCUAGUGAUAUUUAAAUUAUAUCUUUUUGUUUAUUUUUUUUUGAUAACAAUCAGUAGUGGGUUUAUCCCAUUUCUGAAAGAGGGAACGAAUAUAAGAUUUACAGGGGUAAUGGGAUACAAUUUCUUAAGUAUUAAGUUAAGGGGUUUAAGGGGUCACGAUUAACCAACCGAACUCACCCCCAUUAUAUCUACCACUGUAUAUUGUAUAAAAUAAUAUAUUAAUAUUGUAUAAAGGUAAUCAACGUAUGUGCGUUGGAAGCUGAUUUACUUCAAUUAUCGAAUGGCGACAGAACGAUCGUAGGAGAUAGAGGAGUUUCUCUUAGCGCCGGACAAAGAGCAAGAAUAAAUUUAGCGAGGUUAUUGCAGGCAUACCGCUAUAUUGUUUUCAGUGUUUUAUGAUUUUUUUUUUUUUUAAACAGAGCCAUUUACAGACAAGCGGAUAUUUAUUUACUUGACGAUCCUCUGUCAGCUGUCGACACGCACGUUGGCAAGUAUUUAUUUGAUAAAUGUAUUAAGAGUAAGUAUACCUUUUUAUUAUUAUGAAUACCGAGUUGUAUUUCUAAUGCAUAUCUCGAACGCCACAAUGUGUGCACACACUUAUAGGUUUCCUCAAAAAGAAAACUUGUAUUCUCGUCACACAUCAAAUACAGUAUUUGACUGAAGAGGAUCAAAUCGUUCUGAUGGAAAAUGUUAGUUUGUUUUUUUUUUCGAUUUUAUACCCGCAAGUAAAAAGUACUUUCAGAAACAUUUUUUUUUUUUUUCAUUUUUCCAGGCCAACAAAUUAGCUGAAGGUUCUUACGAGAAACUCAGUUCUAUCAAUAUGGAUUUUUUAAAAUUAAUUGAAUCUUUAAAUGAAAGAACAAUCAUGUAUGUGGACAAAGAAAUGCAUAAUCAAACAAACGAGAUUACUCAUAAAGUAGACAACGAUCUCCUCUCUGUGACAAAAUCUGCCAGAACUUCUCUCAAUGGCAAUUCGAAGUCUAGAGAACUCGAAUCCAAUAGAUUUCCAGACGAAUCGUCCGUAACAGCGGAAACGCGUUCGUCGGGGCCCGUUUCUUUGAACGUUUAUUUCUCAUACUUAUUGGGUGGUGGAAGCAUUUAUAAGUUAUCAUUUGUAUUAUUCGUAUGCAUUCUCACCCAAUUAUUGUGCACCGGUGAAGAUUAUUGGAUUAGUUAUUGGUACUUAGUUUAAACAGUAUUUGUAUAUCUAAUAUAUUUAAGAUUUAUUUUUUUUUUAAAUUUAUUUUAUCAUUGCAGGGUGAAUCUAGAAGAUCGUGUAUUUCAAAACGUAAACCACAAAUAUUCAGUUAACGAUACAUCCUCAAUGAACGAUAAAUCUUCUGUUAAACUUAUGGGGUUUUUGAUUUCCCGUCAGUCAUGUAUUAUAGUUUAUGUAGCAUUGAACGUAAUGUUACUGUUGUUCGUCAUGAUUAGAUGUAUAAAUUUCGUGUCAUUUUUCAUUGAAACUUCGACAACUUUACACGAUAAUAUGUUCAACGCUAUAACCAAAGUCAAAAUGUUUUUCUUCAAUACAAACUCGACCGGUACCUAAAAUAGUAUUUUGUUUUAAAAAUAAAAUAAUUAAUCAUCUCGUGGUCUUAACAAUUCAUUUUUUUCUCUCCAGGACGAAUAAUCAACCGCUUUACUAAGGACAUUGGUUCUAUCGAUGAAAGUUUACCGUCCUCGAUAAUCAAUUUUAUAGACGUAAUAAAUUUAAACUAUAUUAUUUACCUAUAACUAUUAAACACGUAAUUUGUCAACGAUUUACGUUAUUUUAUAACAGGUUACACUAUCGCUGAUAGGAACAAUAGUUGUAAUCGGAUGGAGUGAUGCAUACCUUCUGAUACCGUCAUUUUUCACUGGAAUUUGUUGUUAUCACGUAGGAGUUUAUUAUUUGUCGACGUCACGUAGCAUUAAACGUUUAGAAGGAAUUAGUAAGUGCAAAAUAAAAAGUAAAUAUUUUUUAUUCAAUUUCGCUGUAGGUAUAAACGUGUGCGCCCAACACAUAUUAUAAUUUACUGCAUAUUUUUAUACUACAAUUAAUAUUGUUACAGCCCAAAGUCCGAUCUUGGCACAUGUUAAAGAAUCAAUAGAAGGUAUUAUAACGGUUAGAACAUUCAAAUCAGAAAUUGUUUUGGCCGAAUUAUUUGAUAAAUGUUUGGUAAGAUACAUUUUAAACACAUUUGAACGAUAACAGUGAUUUUUAUAUGCAUAUAUGCAUUUAUAUGUUUCUGUUACAUAAUAAAUAGUUGUUUUAAAUAUAUAUACAGAGUGAUUCAUUAAAUAUGCCCUCCCCAUUUUUUCGGUUAAAUAUUGCAUAUAUUUGAAUUCUAACUUUUGGAAUUUUUAAGUGUAGUUUAAAGCCGUUAUUUUUGAAUACACAUAGAUUUUUCACAGCAUUUAAUGAGUUUCCUGUGGUGACACCAACUUUAGUUUUUCGAAUGAGAACCUAUAUUAAAAAUUCCAUAAAUAGCGGAGUAUUACUUGAAAUACAUUUUGAUGUCAAAAUGUUUGAUUUCUGAUAACCUGUUAACGAGUUAUUCCACUUUUAAUUCUAGCUAGGAGGAGAGUAGUGAAAUACUAAUAAAACGCUACGCGCCGUGCCAUCACACAAAUCACUUAAAUUACCCUGUACAUAUAUUUUUGUUCAACCCGUAGAUUGAUUUACAGCUCAUAUUUUAGAUUCUGAGCUGACCGGGAAAUACAUUCUUUUUAUAAUGAUAUUUAUUUUUUUAUCUGUAAUUUUGCUUCGAUUUCCAAUUAUAGCAUUUUUUCUGAAAGGGGGUUUAUCUGACUGGGGUGGUAUUUUAAGGAAGUCAUUUUUUGAUUUUUCCAACUGUUUUUAUAAUUACUAGGAGAAAAAAUAAGAAAAACGGGAAAAUAGGUACAAUAUUAAACAAAUAUUAAAGACAAUUUACAUUAUACAAGUAUAAUGCAAAUGUAAUUAUUUUACCAUAUUAUGACAAAUUAUAUAUUGCCGAUAAAGCAACAAUCCGUCAUACUUCGUACUCCGCUCAGAAUUAUAUUUUCGUUAACAAUGGUUUAUCGUUGCUUACAGAUAUACUCUAAAUUCCUUCUGUAUCCUACCUUCCCAACUUCCCACCCACAACAAUGGUUUCAGUUCUCCGCAGCUUUCGGCUUCCGUAUCCUUCCUUUGUCCGACAAAACGAAUCACGAGAUAUAUUAUAUUUAAGGUAUUUUCCUUCUACCAUGCCUUUUAUUAUUGUACUAUGCAGCUCUUCUAGAUAUUUAGUUUCAAAUAUUAUAACUUAUUAAAUUAAAUAUAUAAUGAAAUAUUAAUAUGAUAUUAUGAAAAAAUAUUGCAAAUAUUGUAAAUAUAUAAAAUGCCACGCCGUAUAAUAACUAUAGAAAAAACGGUUAAAACUUAAACUUCCCGCAAUAUUAUAAAUCGAAAGUUUUAUUAUUUUUCAGUUCACCCAUAUGUUUGAUCAAUGUCGUUUUAUUAAACGACUGUAUUGAAAAUCAUGAUGGAACCUAUUCUAUAAGUCAAAAUAAUCGAUAAAGCUGUAAAACAUAUUAUUAUAUAACACGCAUGGGAUAAUAUAUAUAUACAGAUAUUUCGUGAUAUUAUUUUUUACUAAGUGGUUACAAUUGUUGAAUAAUUUUUGAUAAUCUACUAGCCAAUAAUAUUAUUAACCAUAAAAAUUCGUGAUCUUGAAUCUUGAACUCGUACAUGAAGGCUGUAAUAAUUCAAUACAAUUGUCUGGAAAUAUAUGGCUGUUUUUUAAUUUUUUGGAUUGUUGUAUUGUUAUUAAUACGUGAGAAUUGAUAAAUAUUAUUUAUUUUGUUGAAUUUUACGAAAUAUUCCUAAACUGAAAAAAACAAUCGCCUAAUUAAAUCAUUGUUAAUAGAUAUAUACGGAGAAAAACGUCGAGUACAAUUAAUAGUAGUUCUAAUCAUUGUUUGGCAUUUUUGUAUAGUAUGUUAAUAUGUUUGAACAUCAAUAAUAUUAAGAGUCAUUGUAUGUUUGUGCAUUGGAUUUUCGCAAAUUAUAUGUGUGCAAUCGACUAAACUCAAUUAUUAAAUUUAUUUUUUCAGAAAAUGACUUUUGUGAAACUAAAUUUUGUAUUAAUUAAAAAGUAGAAAUUAUGACACCCCCCCCCCCAGCGCAUAAUUACUUCUGAGGGUAACGUUUGGUAAUUAAUAAUUAUUAAUCAUUAACAUGCUAGAUGUCAAAUGGACAUCCCUUUUCGGCGGAUCUGAAAUCUAUAAAUAUAUAUGUUAAUACAUAAAGCAUAACGAUGCCUAAAUAAAUUAUUACAUAGUAUUAUUAUUGGUGCCCAAUGAAAGUAUUUAUAAUAAUUAAUAACACAGUGAAUUCUCAAACAAAUAAUGUAUUUUUCAGUUAAAAAUCAGGUUUAGUACCCAAACAGCUUGCACCCAAACAAAUAAUUUACGUUUUGUCAAAUAUUUUUUUAGGAUUUACAUUCAUCGGCUUGGUAUUUACUAAUCGCUUCAAAUAAUGCGUUUGGUUUUAUGAUUGAUAUGCUAUGCCUUAUAUAUUUAACCGUUUUGAUAAUAUGUUUCUUAACUAUAGACAACGGUAAGAAACGUUUGACAAAUAGUAUACCCUAUAUCAAGCAAAUUUUAAUUUUGACUUGUAUUUUAGAAUGGUCCGGUGGAAAUGUUGGAUUGGUUAUCACGCAAACGAUGAAUUUAAUGGGUAUACUCCAAUUCGGAAUAAGGCAAAUGGCAAAUAUAGACAGUCAAAUGAUAUCCGUCGAAAGAGUACUUGAAUACACGAACUUUUCGCAGGAAUCCGUUUCUGAAUCUGCUUUGUGUAAUGUAUUAAUUUAGUAGAUAUAAGUUAUAAUAAAAAACGGAGUGUAUACUAUGGUUUACGAUGGUGUUUAGAUGCUCUGAACAGUCCGGUCCGAUCUUUUCGUUAUUUUUAGUUUCGGGACGUAGCGAGGAAUAUAUUAGUUUUAAUAUAAUGUGUGUUUUUAUAUUUUUUUAGAUUCGGAGCGUAGCGAGGGAUUUGUUGUUUUUUUUAAAAUUUAAUUUUAAUGUCUGUGAGUAACUUUUUCGCCAGAAAUCUUGCUCCAAAAUAUUAAGUAUUAAGUAUUAAGUGUAGCAUUUUUCUAAAAGAUAAUUUUAUCUAGUUGGUGCACUGAGGAGGCCAUUUUUUAAUUUUUCAUGGGGUUUUUAAAAUAAUUGGGAAAAACCCGAAAGAAGAUACUAUAGGUAAAAUGGCAAAUAUUUACGGCGUGUCUAUUGGUAUAACAUUCCUCGCUUCGCUCAGAUUCUAAAACGUAAAACAUUACAUGAGAUAUUAAUCACUGAAUAAAUUAAUUUUCAUAUACGAUUUUAAUUAAUAAAAUGCAAACUUUUUUUGUUUUAGUAAAAAAACCACCUAAAGGAUGGCCGAAUAAAGGUCAAAUUAUAUUCAACAAUUUUUUUCUACGAUAUAGUCCGAAUUCGUCUUACGUUUUGAAAAAUAUUAAUGUUAAAAUUCAACCGAGAGAAAAGGUAAUUUUCAUAAUUUCUUUUACUUAUCAACCUGUUAUUUUAUAUUAAUACGUUUCCGAAUACUUGCAGUGCCUCAUUAAACUAAGCUGCUACCAAAUAAUAUUUGGUUUAUUAUAUUCGUUCACAACUGUUUGUUGCUAUUGAACAUUUUACCCUCCCUCUUCUCUUCCGUUAAACCUUGUAUACUCGAUAAUGAAUUUAACAUUGUUAUUACGCGUGUAUUUAUAGAUUGGGAUUGUCGGCAGGACUGGCUCAGGAAAAUCUUCGUUAAUAAACGCGUUGUUUAGGUUAGCCUUAAACGAGGGUAAUAUCAUCAUCGAUGACGUGGAAAUCCAUGAAUUGGAACUACAUGAUUUGCGAUCUAAAUUUUCAAUCAUUCCGCAAGAGCCGAUUUUAUUUUCGGGAACUAUGCGGACGAAUUUGGAUCCGUUCAACGAAUACCCCGAUCACGUCCUCUGGAACGCUUUGGAUGAAGUAAAUUAUUUACUUAAUUAUUUACUGUAAAUACCUAUAGUAUAAUAUUUUAAGUGUCAGCAUUUAAGGGUCCUAUCACUAGAUAAAUUCUCUACUUACUGUCUCAAAGUAAUUAUUGUAUAUUAACCUAUUUGCUUAUUGUAUAUUUUUCUUAAUGAAAUAAUUAUGAAUGUUAUUUAAAAAUAAUAAGAAAAGUGUCAUCAUCGCCAAUGUAUAAGGUCUUCGAAUUAAUUUGGUUUAUUUGCAGGUGCAACUCAAAAACAUUGUAGAGCAAUUACCGGACGGUUUAAAUACGAAUAUGUCUGCACAGGGAACCAAUUUUAGUAUCGGCCAAAAGCAACUAGUGUGUUUGGCCAGAGCGAUGGUGCAAAGUAACCAAAUUCUCAUACUGGACGAAGCUACCGCAAAUGUCGAUUUAAAGUAACGUGUAUUAAUCAAAUCAUUAAAAUUUGUAUAACAAUAAUAUAGUGUAAAUAUAUUCAGGACCGAUACUUUGAUUCAAAACACUAUUAGAAAUAAAUUCAGAUCGUAUACAGUGUUAACUAUAGCCCAUCGGUUAAACACUAUUAUGGACUCGGACAAGGUGCUCGUAGUGGACAUGGGUACAAUAGUCGAAUUCGACAGUCCACAAAAUUUGCUGAAAAAUAAAGACGGGUUUUUCUACAAAUUAGUCUACCAAUGAUCUAUGGCCGAAUCAUUACGUACUAUAGCGGCAGAGGUAAAAAUAAUAAUAAUUAUACUUCUAUUAUUAUUACAUUGCAUUUUUAAUAAUUUUAUUAUAUUCGAACAAUAAUUUUUAGAGUGACGAAUCGUCGACAUUGGGUUAUCCAACUAUCCAUAAUACCGUCUCGGAUACAGAUGAUGACUGCUCGUCGGAAAAUGAAUAAUAAAAUUAUUAUACAUAGGUACACCACAUGAAAACUUUGAAUAUUUAUAUCUAUAAAUAUUUGUUUUCAAUAUUCAAUUAUCUAACCGAUUUAUACCUACUUUUUUUUUUUUCAAAUUCAAAUUUUCCCAAUUGGUACGAGAUUAAUUUCAGCUGCUGUUUUAUUUCUCUACCGCAACUGAAUCUGGUACCUAAAUACCUAAUUAUUAUAAUAAUUUGUUCGAAUUUUGUUUUAUUUUAAUAAACAUGGUGUAUACUGAAUCGUGCACUAAUCGUGCCGUCUCUGUCUUUCUAACGGGCAAUAUUGCAAGCAUGAUGUCGAUGUAAUUAUGUAAAACAUACAAAAAAUCUUAUUUAAUCGGUCUAGACACAAAAUAGCUAUUAUACAGUCUAUUGAUAAUUUCCCCGUAAAUCUCUCAGUAAGCCGCGAUAAAAAAUGAGUUAUGCAAAUCUGGUAACUAGUAAGAUCAGGUAAUUAAGGUGAAUAACUGAAAUAAGUGACUUAAUGAGUCUAUACAAUACAAGAUAUUAUUAUUUUAUUAAGCUGUAAAAUAAAAUUCCAAGGGCUGCCAGGGGUUGCUGUACGCUAUCGAGGUGUCUUUAAUAAACUAUCGGGAAUUUAUUAUAUUAAGUUAUUUUAGGGACCUGUAGUAUGCUGUGAAAGACUGUAGUAAUACGUAGACUGUCAUCGGUAUUUAUUAUAUUCUGUCACGCGAAUAAUACUAUUCUACCACUUUUUAUGGAGCAAGGUUUUUAAAGAUAGUAGGUAUUCUAAGAAAAUCAAAAGACGCGACGUGACAGUCGAGCCACGGACAAUGAAAAGUUAUUAUUCCGACUUCGUAAUAUCACAGCGAUAACAAAAUGUUAACGGUGUCACAUACCUAUCAAAUAUUAAAAGUAAAAUGGUGUAUUAUAAUAGCUCUUUGGAAUCUAUUAGGUAUUUAAUUUCAUUAACAAUAUGAUUAAAUGAAAAGUAGUCGUCUAUCGGUCUAUAAAUGUUUUAAAAAUAUUAAUGUAAAAUAUUUAUCGAAAUAUUAUAUCUAAUGUGGUCAUUCUUUGCAAUAUACGGUUCGUAAUAAAAAAUUUGCACUAAACUCAAAACGUCAACAAAAUCAAAGAGUUUCUUAAGUACUAAAUACAUGCAUAUUCACUUCAAAAAUAAAUUCGCAAACUGACUACAGCCGCAAAAUGCUGACUGAAAAUAAUUAAAUAAAAAAGCAGAUACUUUUAAUGGGUGUGCUACUAGUGUAGAUGGAAACUUGAGAAGAUAGGAUAUAAAAAGGCGUAAUACAAUAUACAUCUGUACGCUAACUAUUGAUAAAAAAAUACGAUUUUAAGCAAAGUCUGACAAAACAAGUUUUAAAAUGUCGUGGUUUUUACGAUUUCAAAAAAAAUUUGAACAUUAUUUUAAAAAAAAAACACAAAAAUUACAUUAAGCUUUUUUUUUUUCAUCACUAAGUACAACUUAUAGUGACCGGGUGAACUUGUGUCAAAUUUACGAACAUUUUUGCUGGGCUAAAUAAGUUUUAUUCGCAUAGAUCGGAUAAUUGAAUGUAAGUACGGAAAUGCCGUGAUUUACAUCAGACAAAAAAAUAGUUAAUACGAAUUUUUGAUAUUUGUUCAGUGCAUAAUAAGAAUUUAUGAUAAACCUUGAAUCAUAAAAUUGCCAUUUAAAAAUUAUUCAUCCACAUAAAACCAAUUUAUAACUUGAAAACUUGGAAACGUCAAUCAUAUAUGAAUAACUCCCCAAAUAGUUUUGAAAAUUGUGCAACAUAAAAAAUAUGUCAGGCCAUUACGAUUAUUUUUAACGGAAUUUAAUUAAAAUACAAAAUUGAAAAUAAGUGAAACCGUAGAUUUUCCAAGUUUGUUCCUAUUUUUAAAUCAGGGACUGGAACCGAAUUGAAAAGAACCGGCUCUAGAACCCCAAAACCCUUUAAGUAUUGAGAACCGGAAUAGAAUUUAAAUAUUUUCAAAUAACCGUAACCCAUAUUUUUAAAUUGAAAAAACGGGUUUUACCUUGAUAAAUUAUUUUGUUUUUCCUUUGUGGCAUGUGCUCAAUUUAUCGGCUAUAAUGUUUAUCCCACAGAUUAAAAUGCAACUGCUUUCAUAAACUAUUUUUAUUUUUGUUUAGAGCUGUUGAUUGUUAAAUGAUGAUAAGUAAUUUUAUGACUUAAAACUUAUGAACUAUAUUUUUGUAUAUUAAAGUAAAAAUAGAAAUAAUCUAUAGGUACUAUACUUAUUAGUAUAAAGUUUCAACAGCGUAUUAUUAUUUUAUCGACUAUUGUCAAUAAAUAACAAAUAAACAUGGCAGCGAAUUAGGGUUUUGUAAUACAUCAACAUACCUACUGGUUUAGCCGUCAUUCGAGCAGCUAGUUGCAUCAAGUUGUCGAGUUGUGGUGUCAUCGACAGUGGACUGUAUGUCUGUAUAUGGGGAAGUUGCUCACGGUGAACACAAAAUUGCCAUCCGUAGGCCUUAUUUUUCUUCGUAGAGAACAUGAGCAACUCUACUAAAACCACCAGGAGGCCGUGCACGAAUAAAUACAAAUAUAUACAUUUUUGGAUUCGUUUAUUACUGGUUUUACCUAGAAUCCUAAUUUAAACUCUUAAAUUAAUUUUCCGAAAUCGGAACCGGAACUAGAACCCUUAAAUAAACGUUGUCAUAAAUCUGAACCGGAACCAGAACCUCUUAGAAAAAUAAUUAAGUACCGGACCCGCAAAAACCAGAAGAUACCAGUCCCUGUUUUAAAUACUAAGUAAACCAAAUGACAUGCAAAAUUAUUCUAAGUGAAGUUCGGUUAUACACGUUAUGAAAAACCGUAAUAAUUACAAUUUGAAUUUAAUUUUGAAAAAUGUUCCCAUUUUUUUAUGGCAUUUUCUAUUUAUUAUUAAAACCCCCGAGAAAAUCAAAAAAUGACCAUGUCAAUAAAACAGAAAAAUUUAAUUUUAAAAAAGUGCUACACUUAAAAAUCGGAACAAGAUUUCAGGUUUUUAAGUUUUAAAUUUUUUAACAGCUAAAAAGAAAUAAAAAAAAUUAAACAAACAUCAUUAUAAAAGCAAUACAUUCCUCGCUCCUUUCAGAAUCUAAAAUGAACUCCCCAGUGCAACAAAUAAAUCCAAAAUGCAUAAAGUAGACAGACGAAAAUGAUCUGAUACUGUUGAUGGGUGUGUCACUGUUGUAAUUAGGAAGUUGGAAAAUAGGAUCCAUACAUUUAUUUAAUUUAUAUCUAACUUUUAAUUAACCUCCUGUUCAAUUUUCAAGCAUUUCUGUUUUGUCUAACAAUUUUGUCCACAAAGAACCAAAUACAAAUUACUCACAAAAUGAUAGAGUCUAUAAAUAGCUCAAAUAUGGUUCAAAGAUUUUACAGUUAUAUUACGUAAAAAUAGGCAAAUACAAGUUUUCAAGUACCAAUUUUCAAGUCUCUACAAAUAUGUUUAACUGAAUUCCAAUUAUUAACACAAUUAAAAAUAAUAAAAUACAUUAUUUUAGUAAAUUUCUUGUUCUUCUUACGUUUUAUCCCGGGUUUCACCAGAUUUUAUGAAAACCGCUUGAAAAUCAAAAAUUACCUCUUAAAAUAGACAAUAUUUCCUUUCAAAAAUGGUGCCAUACGUAUAUAUCGGGGCAAGGUUUCUGGUAGAAAUUUUUCUGACGAUAUAAAAAAAAAAUAAACAUCUUUGUAAAACCAAUACAUUCUUCGCUACACUCAGAAUCUAAAAAUGGAUGUCAAUAAAAUAUUGAUUUUAUCUAUUGUGAACCAUUGACUAUGGCAAAUGCCAAUGCACGUUCACUUCUCUCGGGGUGGGGGGGGGAGGCGAUCGCCUCUUUUGAACCGAAUCUUUUAUUUCAAAUCAAUGGAAAUUAGAUGUAGAUAUGAUCACAGUUUUUUUAAUGCGCACACCUCUAACAUUUAUUCACUUCACUUUGUAUCCUAGUUAUCCUUUUCUUGUUAGCUUGCAUCAGUGGCGUAUACAGUGGGGAGGUUAGGGGUUAUAUCCUCCCUAUUAGCUUAAAAUACAAAAAUAUAUAAGUAAUCAAUGUUGAAAUGCGUAUAUUUUAGACAAGUUACGACGAAAAACUUGACAUAUUGAUUAAAAAUUGGCCUUUUUUAGGAUCCGGCUUUUAAAUAACCAAUUCCCAUAGUUAAUUUAGGUAGAGAAGACGAAUUUAUGAUUUAUUCAUAAUUCUUAUUUGCUACAUCCCCUCUCAUUGAUAAUUCUUGGGAACGCUACAGGCUAAUAUUGCCUUUGUCGAUAAUGGUGAAGAACCAUGAUAUAGAUCGGAUGUGUAGGAGACGAGCAUACUAAACGAAAACGUGGCACACUGUGAUCAAACUUAUUUAUUAUUGCAUGGUUUAAAGAAUCAACAAUUUUAAAAAAAUGCCAGUCUCAAUUAAAAUUCCAAGCUACCCUACUGUCGCUUAUCAACUAUAUUGAAGUAAUGAAUAACAAAUAUUUUCAUAAUGUAUUCUGUGUAAAUCUGUUAAAUUAAAAACAUAUUAUAUUGUCGAUUAUCAUUAUUAUACAACAAUUGUUAUAAUGUUCAAUUUAUUCAUUUGACCAUAUUGUUUUUUUAUUUUAUUACGUUUUUAUUGUAAUGUAAAGGUAUGUGUACAAAUUAUUCACAGUAUAAUAAUACAUUAAGUAGCUAAUAAAGUUCUUCAAUUAUAAUUAUUGUCAAUAGUAUUUAUAAUAUAGUUAGUUUAUUUAAUAGACAUUGAAAAUGACACAUUAUUAUUUCAUGGCUCUUUAAUUUAUACUUAUGUAUCGUUUGAUUCAGAUGGUUUGUAUUAAUUUUUAAAUACCUAGGUCAAGAGUGAAAUUAUGAGGAGGAUUCAGUUUUAUUAUCAAGACUCUUUUGGGGCGUUAAAAUUCGAUAAACGAUUGGAAGGGAGGGGGGAAAUUAUUUAUGGUAACGGAUAUUUUAUGGAGACUAUACGUCACCUAUAGAACUUUCUAAUAUUAUGUCUAUGUUAACGGAAAAGGGGCGCCACUUUAUAUGUUGUACCCGGAUCGCCGAAUUCCUAUACAAGCCACCGAAUCCAAUUUCAACUGUCAUCAUAUUAAUAUUAUUCAAGUACCUAUACCUAUAGUACAUCUAAUUGUUUUGUGUAAAUAAAUAUGUAUAAUCGCCGAUAACCAGAACAGCGCGUUUUUUUUUUCUAUUCUUUUUUAUGAAUCGAUCAUUGCAGCGAACAUACGACAUACUCAAAAACGUUUCAACUGCUGCAGCAAUAAUCGCAAUGGUGUUUCGUAUAUAACUCGACACAAAGGUUAGGUACCGUACAAUAUGAUACGUUAUUACGAUUAAAUUAUUAUAAUUACAUAUAAUAUUAUUUAAUUUAAAUAUAUUUCGAUAAUGCAUUAAUAAUAAAUAAUAAUUGGGACCGUAUAAUUGUCACAUUUUAUCGUCUACGCAUUUUUAUUAUUAGCGUGUUAUAUCGGGGUUUUUUUUUAAUAGAGAUUUGGCCACUAGCAUUAACACUUUAAACACCGCCGUAGUAUAGUAAGUAUACCUACUUAGUUCGUUUAAACAAAACCGAAUCAAUAUCACCGUAACGCAAAAGGGACACCUCCUACGUUGUAACUAUAACUGUUCAACGUCGAAUAUGAAGCAACUCUGACGCACGUGCUGGACCGCAUUCAAUCUAUACUACACUAUUUACUUAUCUAACAGUAAGUACUUUCACGAUGUUAUUUUCAAUAAAUAUACAGGUAUACCCGAAAUAUUCGAAACAAACGAAUAAGUAUUAGGCAUUAGUGCUCAGCGUAUUUAUGAGGGUAGAUUAUGAAGAUAUUACAUGUCCCCCUUGACUUUUUUUCAAAUAUAUCUAUUAUUUAUAUUACUAACUAUUUUUAGAUUCUAAUUUCGUUAAAUUUUAGUCGGAAAAACCUACAAUGUAUUGUGUCGGUACCUAUUUAGUUAAUUUAUAAACAACAAAAAAAACCCCGAAACAUAUACAUUUUCUUUUUUAAAACAGAAACGAAUAUCCGAAUUGCUAUAAUAUGCAAAGGAAGUUAGAUUACUCGAUUAUUCGGCUCGUUAUUCGAUUUCAUUGAUGAUCAUUUUUAGGUCGAUAAAAUUGUAAAUCAUAAACAAAAAUAUAUAAAUUAUUAGAAAUUAAUUUUUUUUUUUUUUUAGUCUGGGUAAACUCGUUUACGAGUACAAUAAGGCACACGAUUUAUAAAUUCAUUAUCUCCCACUUUCUCAAAAUCCUAAUUACGCUACUGAGUGUCUUUGUAAAAUUAAAUUAUUUCAUUAACAUUUUGUGAAAACUUAAUAGCAAAUAGUGCGAUUUUGUAUUGAAAAUUAAAAACCUUCUUAAUUAUAAUAUAAAUUAUGUUAUUGUUAUAUAUGUUAUAUAUUUAUCACCUAUUUAUUUCAUACGAAAUCUCGAAUAGAUAGAAGAUAAUUUUUUUUUAGUGUUAUAUAUAAAUUACGAUUUGGUGAAGGUCUCCGAGAAAUGACCAGAUAACUCUAAUAUUGUUUUUAUUUGUUGCCAUUAUAUUAUUAUUGCGGCAAAAAUUUUUUUCAAAAGUAUAUCGGAUAUCCGAUUGUUGUGGUAUCUGUGUCUGAUGGUGGUCCCGAAAUUCUAAAAUAAGAUAACCCAGAUUAAGUCAUUCAUAGACCUUAUGGUCAAUAUUUUCAAUGAAGCCCUUCAAAAAAAAAUUAUUUAAUAUGAUUUAACAAAAUAAAACUAAUACAUUAAAGGCAAUAAAAUAUCAAAAAAUAUAAAAUGACUGAUUAAAUAUACAAAUAAAGAAUAUAUACUGUGGCAAAAAUUGAGACCGCUGGAGUCUUGUGGCCCGGGCGCUAUGACUCCCUGUACCUUCCCCCUCUUUAUUUGAGUUUGAUAACUCCAAUUCUCAACGAGAAAACUAUGCUUCGUCUGGUUGCUGAAUCUAAUUAUUGAGAAUUUUUUUUCUUUAAAUUAUACCUAGUAAAAAGUUAAUUUUUGUGAAGUUAUCUGAUGGUUGCUCGAGAACUUCAUUUGUAAUUUGGAUUUCCUAAUAUUAUUAAUGACGUAAAAUCGAAUAAAUAAGAUGAAUCCAUUGUGUACGUCCAUUAAUAACACAUAAGUAUAAUACUGUACCUAUUUAUUGAACAUUCUAGUAUUAUUUUGUUUGAAAUAUUUAAAAUUAAACACAUUCGCGUGACAAUAAUCGUUAUCGAUACAGUAAAAAAAAAAAAAAAACUAAAACGUGUUAAAUAGAAAUAUCGGAAUAAUAUUUAUCAACUUGUGCGAGAAGUUUUUGAAAUACUAUUACAUUUCAUAUUAAUUAUCGAAUAUAUUAAUAAUCGCUUUGUGUGUAAACAUGUAUAUUUUUAAUCGAUAUGCAUUCGAUAAAUUAAUUGCUUAUAAUCAAAAAUGUCGUAACCAUUUCGUAUGCACGCAUUGCAUUAAAUGAUUGAAAGUAACGAAAGGUCCCAAAUAAUUAUUAAGACAGAUAUAAUAUUAUGCAAUGCAAUAUUAAACUAACAGUUUUGUUUUCCUUUAAAAUUUCAGAUUUUAAAAAAAAAUGGACAGUAAUAAUAAGAAAGAACGAUCGCCGCAUCCUAGGCAAACUGCAAAUGUGUUCGAAAUAGUUUCAUUCAGGUAAAUCAACGCUGACGUGUUUGUCUUGUUUUAUUACAACAUUAUAUUUCAUAAUACCUACUUAAAAUGUAUGUAUACAAUACAUCGUAUUAAUUAGUUAUAACUGAAAAAAUUACAAAACCUUGUGUGCGAGUAAUUAGAUCAAAUUUAGAAAUGUCGGUUAUAUGUUUUAUUGACAACGAAUCAAUAAAAUAUUAAUCUCAGUAAAAAAAUGAUUAUUACUCCGACACGGUAUUGUAUCAAACUACAAUUAUAUGCGUAUUAUAGUACUAUUGAAAUAAUAUUCAUGCACUAUCAUCUUCUGUAAACGGGACAAUUUUAAUCGAUUUUUCUACAGAAAAAUAUUCUAAAAACCGGGAUCGGAAAAUAAGCUUUUUUUAAAUUUACUUUGUUUUUAACAAUUUCGUGGUUUAAGUUCUACAACAAAUGUUCAAUAAUUCUAAAAAGAGAAACAUAAAUAGUACACUGCACGAGUUUUGAAUAAAGAUUUAAAAUGUAUAAAUUUUUAAUAAUCAAGACUAUUAUACACAUAUAUACCGAAUAAUAAUUGUUAAUAGUUUAUAGAACCAUGCUAUCCCCGUGGAAUAGAAAAAUACGAGUUCGACGGAGAUAAGCGUUAAAAUUACAGCGCUCAAAACAGCGUACGAUAUAAUUUCAUUAAAAUAGGGAUUAUUAAAAAGUAUUAUACUUAUUAUAACAGAUAUCAUUAUAGAAUUUAAUAGAGAAAUGACUGUCGCGGAUAUAUGUUUGCACAAAUAUGUUUUAAUUUAUUAAAAAAAAAUUACAUAGAUGAAUAAUUGCAAAGCCGUAAAAAUUAAAUUUGCCAUUUUCCUAUAAUGAUAUCACGCAGACUCCAUGCUUACAUUUUGGUUUGUAAAUAUCGAUAAAAUAGCAAAAUUCCAUUAAUAAAUACUUCCUAUUGCUCGAAGAGGGGCAAAAAAUAAUAGUGUUUAAUAGAAUAUGUGUGUGAAUUUAUUCUUUUAGCUGGCUGUUAAGACUAUUUAGAACUGGACGAAAAAGAACGUUGGAAAUAAGCGACCUGUACACGACUUUAGACGCUCACAAAUCAUCUAAAUUGGGCGAUGAAUUAGAAAAGUAAUUUUCCAAAUCCAAUAAAAUUAUAAUGACAUGUUUGUCUAAUUCAAUUUUCGCCCCCUUUAUUAAGACAAUGGAAAAUAGAAUUAAGUAAGGUGAAUCGAAAGCCAAGCUUAUGGCGAAUAUUAUACAGAAUGUUCGGUUUCCGAUUCAUGAUAUUUGGGAUCACACUCGCAAUCAGUGAAGUCUGUCUAAAGUAUGAAUUAUUUUUUUAUAUAUACAUUAUACAUAGACAUAUUAUAUGUAACGUAAUUGUUUGUAACAUUUUAUUAUAUAUAUUUAUAUACAUAUACCUAUAUUGAUAUUUAAGUAUCGAUACCUAUUAUGAUAAUUAAAAUUAAAGUUAUUUUUUUAAAAUUUUGGUCACAAGAAUUUGGAAUACUUAAAUACCUAACUAUACUACAUUACUGCGGCCCAUUAUGUAUUAUUAUUAUGACGGUGCGAGAACGUAAGCAAAUUAAAUUUAACAUGAUGACAUAUCAUAGCUAGGCUUACCUAAUAAUAAUUACAAUACAUUGUAACUAUGAUAUCGUCCACUCAUUAAUUCAUAAUCUCUUUAUGAAUAUAUUAUAAUAUAAUUUAAUAUACUUACGCGUUAUUGUCAAUUGUCACUCUGAUUCUUAAUAUAAUAUUAUAAUAAUAUUUAACAACUGUCGAUUUUUCAAUUUUCAUAUUUGUAUAAAUUAUGUUAUCAAUCUUCAGAUUGCACAUUUACAAUAGAAAUGUUUUUAUUUUCAUCAGCUCAUUGGAGAUAUUUCACAUUUAAGCUUACGUAGAAGGAGAGUAGUAGAGCGUUAUUCGUAUGGCGGCGAGACGCGCAACGUUUUACUAGUAUUCCACUACUCUCUUCCUACCCAGUGGAAUAUUUCGUUAACGAAUUGAUGGAAACCAAAAAUAUUAGAACCAAAAUUAAUUUAAAUUAAUAGACCAUCUAUUUAUUGAAAUUUGAGUAUAGGUUUCCAUUUUAAAAUCAAAAGUAGAUAGUAAUUUUACCUCCAAAAAUUAGGUUGAUAAAAAUAAUGGUUAUCUAACAUUUUAGAGCGACUUGAUACAUACUGAUUAUGACGUACUCGUCUGAUAUGAAAAUAUUUUUGAAAAUUUAACCCCUAAUAGGGUAAACUAAGGGUUUUUAGUUAUUUUUGGUACGAAUAUCUAAUUUUUUUAUUUAUUUUUGUUUAUUCAUGGGUUACCUUGGUGACAUUUAUGACAAUUUAAUUGUCACGGACAGGAAAUCUAUUGUUAUUAUUUAUACUAUUAUUUAGCAAUAUUUAAAGUAUUUUCGGGUCAAUUAGUGUAGUACAGAUGAAUCACUCUGUAAAAUACGAUAAUUUUAUAAUAAAUACGUUUUGAUGAACAAAAUAUGUAUGAUAUUUAUUAAAAAGCUGCAAAGCAAAGUAUACAAACUAUUAUUAAAUAAUUAAAAUUAAAUGACUUUUGUUGUACUACACUUCAUAAUAUUGACUUAUUUUCAAGUAUCCGACUGAAACUAUAUUAAAUAGUUAUAGAUUUACACUAUUAUUCCAUCUCACAACCAUCCUUCCAGCUAUCUAAUGCCAUAAUAUUUAAAUUUUCUUCACGUCCCAAAGCUUGGACGUUCUUUUUUUGUUUUGCUAUGACUUCCAACCGAAUUCAUUGCAGCCUUCUCAAAAGUCAUUCCCCUGACAAGUUCAUUUCCUAUUAAUUUUCUGUGGUAUAUACCGUUUUUAUUAUAAUAACGGCGUGUAUUUGAUGGAAAACGAAAUUUGUAUUUUGUUUAUAGAAUAUUACAACCGUUAUUGAUCGGCGGAUUACUAACGUAUUUCAACACGAAAGAAACAAACGAAAACGAUUUAAAACAUGCGUACAUGUACGCCGGCGGUUUAGCAAUCACCAUGGCCAGUUCGAUGACGAUGUAUCAUUGUACGAUGAUUGAAAUGUUACACUGCGGAAUGAAGACACGGAUCGCUUGUUGUUCGGCUGUAUUUAAAAAGGUAAAAUUAAAAAAAAAAACAUAUUAUGACGAUAUAUAUAUAUGUAUAUAUUAUUAUGAUCCCGAUGUAUACCCUAAGUCAGCGGUUCCCAAACUGUGAGGCAUUAGCCACUUAACAAAAAAGAGACGUGUAAUAAAUAUUUUACGCGUUUAUCGUUCAGACCGUUAGACUUUCCGGAUUUCGGGUUCCGCAUAAACAUCGAAUAUCGCGAAAUUAGCAAAGAUUCGCGUAUAUUAAUACUCGUCAUAUUUUUUCAAAGCGAAAUUUUCAGCAAAAGCCGUAAUCCAAUCGUUCCUAUUUUUAAGGAGACUCGAAUAAAAAAAGUUUGAGAACCGUUGCCCUAUAUAAUUGUGCGUGUAAUUGUACGAAUUUUCGUAAUUUAUUUACGAAUAUAUUAUAUAGCUUAAAACUAUAUUGUUAAAUUAAUUAGUUCAAUUAAUCAAUCAAUUAUGUUCGCAAAAACUAUUUUAUAAUAAUAAUUAACCAGUAAUUCAACGUUUAUUUAUUUAGUUUCUAAUCAAUAAACAAUCGCCCAAAUCAAUUUAAUUAGUUUAAUUCAUUUAACCGGACUCUGGAAUUAAAUAAUUAAAUUCAAAUCGUGAUACAGAUGGCAUAUUAUUGCUAGACUAGAAUAUUAUAUAAAAUUAUUGUAUAGAUUCUAAGCAGACAAGUUUAAAAUACUUAUGAUAAUCUGAUAUAAUUUAAACGUUUUCCACUCAGGCGUUACGGCUAAGUAAUUCGGCUCUCGGUGAAACCACGGUCGGUCAAAUAGUCAAUUUGUUAACAAAUGAUGUAAAUCGGUUUGAUACAGGACUACUGUUUCUGCACUUUUUGUGGAUAAGCCCCGUGCAAACACUGUUAGCCACGUAUUUCAUAUGGAAAGAAGUAGGUGUGUCGUCGGUAUUUGGACUAGGGGCCUGUUUUAUGUUCAUUCCGAUACAAGGUCUGUAAAAAAGAAAGAAAAAAAAAACAAAUAAAAUUAUUAUUAUAAUUUAAUAUAAGAUGAUCGUUUAAAAUAUUCCUUUUUUAGGUUGGUUGGGAAAAAAGACAUCUGAAUUUCGAUUGAGGACCGCUGUGAAAACAGACGAGAGGGUGCGUCUGAUGAACGAAAUUAUUUCCGGUAUUCAAGUGAUCAAGAUGUAUACGUGGGAAAAACCGUUUGCGUAUUUAGUGCAAAGCGCAAGGAAGUAUGCAUAAUUGAGAAUUGUAAAAACAAUAAUUAUCGGUUUGUUAAAAUAAAAUAAAUAUUGUUAAAGGAAAGAGAUUCAGCAAAUUAGAGGGUCAGUGUACACAAGAGCGACACUGUCGUCUUUCAUGGCGUUCCACACGAAGAUUUCGCUGUUUUUCUGUAUAAUUUCGUACGUCUUCCUGGGCAAUAUAAUUUCAGCGCAAAAAGUAAUAGAAAACCCGUAAAAAAAAGACAACGGACAAUUUCGUACCUAAAUAUUGAUUUUGUUGUAAUAUUAUUUUAAUAGGUUUUCGUUAUAGCUUCGUACUACAGUAUAUUACAGACGACAAUGACAAUACGUUUCCCUCAAGGUAUUGGAUUACUCGCUGAAAUGUUAGUCUCCAUAAAACGUCUGCAGGUAUUAAUUAAUAUACAUUUCGGUACAAAUGUCAAUAAAAUAUUCAUUCUACUAAAUACCGUUAUUUUUUUUUUUUUUUUAAGAAUUUUAUGUUAUUUGAUGAAAAAGUCAAAGAGAAAGUCGUCGAUAAUGUAAACGGUGACGCAAAAACUAACAACAAAACGUGUGACCAAACCGAGACAGUUUUUACGAAUCCACCGUUAGGUGUAGUAAUUUCAAACGCUACCGCCAAGUGGACGGACGCUAAACCAGAAAACUCAUUGGAAAAUAUUAAUCUGACUGUUGGACCAGGUCGAUUGACUGCAAUAAUCGGUCCCGUCGGUGCCGGAAAAGUAAAAUAUUAAACACACACAUUUAAUCGAUUGCGAAUAAGUUUAAUAAUAUUUCGAUUUUUUUUUGAUUUUUUUGGUAGAGUUCGAUUGUACAAUUGAUUUUAAGAGAAUUGCCGCUCACCCAGGGGACACUGUCCGUGCAAGGUGUGGUGUCAUACGCGGCUCAAGAACCGUGGUUGUUUGCCGGUUCUGUUCAACAAAACAUUCUAUUCGGGUCACCAAUGGAUAAGGAACGUUAUAGAAAAGUAAAAAAAAAUAUAUAUAUUAUAUAAUAAUAUCGUGUCAGCAGAUAUUAUUUUGUCUCAUGAAAUGGAUACAAAUAUUAUAUUAUUGCGAACUAUACAUCAUUUAGGUUGUAAGCGUGUGCGCGUUAAAAACGGAUCUCAAACAACUUCCGUACGGUGACAGAACGCUCGUUGGCGACAAGGGCGUCGCGCUCAGUGGAGGUCAGAGGGCCAGGAUAAAUUUGGCGAGGUACCUAACUAUACAGCUAAUGGUGUGACGAGUAUUUAUGUACAAUGACGCACAAAAUAUUUUUUAAUACCCACCCCGCCCCUUUCAAAAAAUAUCAACCCUUUAUAGUUUUUUUUAUUGCUAUCAUUUAGACAAAAAUGUUCUUGAGUUAAUCAACGGAAAACAAAUAAAUACCUAUAAUUUAUAAAUUCAAUGUAAGCAAAUGUCCCAGUUUAGUUCUCAACCAUCUUUAUACAUACCGCGCACGUAUAUAGGGGUAUAAAAAAAUUAAUCGUGAAAUACGAAUGCCAAUAAAACCGCUUAAAUUUGAUACUUAAGAUUUAGGUAUCGAAACAAUAGUGGUUAAUAAUUGAAAUAUACAGAAAAGUAUGAAUUCAUUUAUUGAUAUUGAUUAUUAAAACUACCAAUUAUUUAUUAGUGUUUUUCUCACCAACCUAUACCUACUCAUCUAAUUUCAACCAUGAUGCCUAGGCUUAUUGAAAUCCCCUUCGCCACGCCACUACAGGUCCUGAAACUAAUAUACGAUAAAAAUGACAAAAUACUCGUAUAUUUAUACAUGUUCUGUUUUUUUUCCUCUUCAGAGCUGUAUACAAACAAGCCGAUAUUUAUUUAUUUGAUGAUCCUCUGUCAGCCGUCGACACGCACGUCGGAAAACACUUGUUCGACAUUUGUAUCAAAGGUUCGACUCGACAGCAUUUUCGAUCGUGUUAACAUUUGUUUGAAAUUAAAUUUUUUUUUUUAGGUUUCCUCAGAGAUAAAAUUCGUAUACUCGUAACUCACCAGUUGCCGUUAUUGACGAAUGUGGACCAAAUUAUUUUAAUGGAUGAUGUAAGCAAAUACAUUAUUUUUUUCCUAUCGUUUCUAUUGCAGAUAACAAUAUAUCCACAGACAUUUAUAGUGUUCAUAAUAUUGUUAUUAAUAUUUAGGGAAAAAUAAGAGCGGACGCCACAUAUGCAGAACUCCGGAAUUCGGAUUUAGACUUUGCAACACUGUUUCGAGCGUCUACCGAGAAAGCUGUGGUACCGGAUGUCAAUAAAAACGGAAACGUCGCGUGUCUCGAUCUACCUCAUGAGCAUAUGUACGAUCGUAAAAUGUCUGUACAAAGUGUCGAUUCGAUUCAAUCUCAUGCGGAACCCGUUGAAAUAGCGGAAACCAGAAUAUCAGGAAAUAUUUCUCACGUUGUGUACUUUAAAUACAUAUCGGCCGGAGGAAGAUUUUUCAAACUGUUUUUUUUCCUUUGUACUUGCAUUUUUACUCAGAUAUUGGCAUCAUCCGCGGAUCUAUGGAUUACUUAUUGGUAUUGUGCAAAGCGUAAUUCAAUAAUUUUUUAUCAAACAUACCACUGUGUUUGUAUACUAUGUAUAAUUUAUUUUAUUUUCGAUUAGGGUCAAUCUAGAAGAUCACUUUUUCCGUAGUCCCAAAACCGGGUUGGAAGAUUCGUUGAAUACGUUUAUGUGCUGGACGAUUAAUCGACAGAUUUGUAUUUAUGUUUUCUCCGGUCUGACAUUAUCCGUGAUAAUUUUUACCGGUAUUAGGACCGCUACAUUCGUGUCAGUUUGUAUGACGGCUUCGAUGAAUUUACAUAAUAAAAUGUUCAACUCUAUAACCAGAGCGACAAUGCGUUUCUUCAAUACGAAUUCGUCGGGUAAAAAAAUAAUCGAAUUAAUUGAUUAAUUAUGUAAAUAAAUAAAUUUUAAAAAAUAAUAACGUAAGUACAAUUAAUCUUCUCGAAUAGGUCGUAUUCUUAACCGUUUUUCAAAAGAUAUCGGUUCGAUCGACGAAGCGCUUCCGGUGGCACUGAUGGACACUAUACAAGUUAGUACACUCAAUUCAAUACCGAUUCACAUAUAUUAUAUUAUAUUAUAUUAUUUUGUAAUAUUCUAAUUAUUUUUUUUUUUUUUUAGGUUGGAUUAUCAAUUAUAGGAAUUAUAAUUUUAGUAGGAAUUAUCAACUCAUAUCUUUUGAUACCGACGGUUAUCAUAGCGUUCAUUUUUUACAAACUGUGUUUGUGUUACUUGAAGACAUCGCGGAGUAUUAAACGUUUGGAAGCAGUGAGUAAGUAAAGAGAAUAAAAUCGCAUUUGUGACUGCCCGAUAUCUUAAUCGUUAUUACGAUCACGUAUCGAGAAUUAUUAAGAUUGAAAUAUUUAUUUUUAUUUUCUAUUAUUCAACUUAGCACGGAGUCCUGUAUUCACGCAUUUGAAUGGAGCACUUCAAGGUUUGACGACCAUUCGGGCGUUCGAAGCAGAACAAAUUUUAUCCAAAGAAUUUGACAACCAUCAAGUUAAUAUUAAUUUUGUUUUUUUUUUGUUUUAUUAGAUUUAUUAUAAAUUAAUAUAAUUUACGGAACUGACUUUGAAUAUUUUUAACGAAUUGGUUACAACUGCAGUGUAACCUUUUAUAAUAUAAAACAUAUUACAGGAUUUACACUCUACCGCUUGGUAUUUGUACAUAAGCUCGAAUCGAGGGUUCAGCUUAUGGUCAGACGUAAUAGUUAUUAUCUACAUAGGCAUCGUAACGUUCAGCUUCAUAAUCAUAGGCAAAGGUAUGGAAUAGCAUUUGAUAUUAUAUUAUUAACGUAAUAAUAAUAUAUUAAUGGUAUCUGCAAACUAUGAAUUAUUCGUUCGUCGUUUUGGUAUUUUAAACAGGAUUUUAUUUAGUUUUUAAUGUUCUUUUCAGAUACAUACGGCGGUAACGUCGGACUCGCUAUAACCCAAGCGAUCGGACUGGUUGGUUUCUUGCAACUAGGAAUCAGACAGACGUCAGACUUGGAAAAUCAAAUGACUUCGGUAGAAAGGGUUUUGGAAUACACAAAUAUCCCGCAAGAAGCCGCUCUCGAAUCUCACCCGGGUAAUAUUCGCUAACAUUAUUAUUUAUUUUCGUAAAAACGUACUAUAAUUGAUUAAUAGUUACUAAUCUAUUAAUUAUUAUUUGAACACGUAUAUAUAUAUAUAUACAUAUAUAUAUAUAUAUACAUAUGUAUAUAGACGAAAAACCACCGGUACUCUGGCCCACGGACGGACAUAUAACAUUUAACAAUUUAUAUUUGCGAUACGGAGCUCAUUCGCAAUAUGUUAUUAAAAACCUCAAUAUAAAAAUCGAACCUAGGGAAAAAGUAAUAUUAUUGUUAUUAUUAUGCACAUUAUUGGCAUUUGAUAUUUCAUAAUUAUUGUUGAUUAUACACCCAAUUUAACAUUCUGUUCUACGCGGGUAAUAGAUAGGAAUCGUUGGACGAACCGGCGCGGGGAAAUCGUCAUUGAUCGGAGCGCUGUUCAGAUUGGCCAAUAACGAAGGAAAUAUCAUUAUAGACGGUAUAGAAAUACACGGGUUGGGACUGCACGAGUUACGUUCCAAAAUUUCCAUCAUUCCCCAAGAACCGGUGCUGUUUUCGGGAACCGUGAGAAAAAAUCUAGAUCCGUUUUACGAAUAUCCCGAUCACGUUAUUUGGAACGCUUUGGAUGAAGUAAUUAUAAUAAUACUAUAAGGCCAUAGUCGGAAAAUGUCCAUAACAUCAAAAAUCAUCUUUGAAAAACUUAAAUGUGAUUUAUUUUAAACAUACUGGCAAUAACAUAAAUAUACGAAUAUGUUUAUAUUAGCAUUUUUGAACUAGGUAUUACUUUAAAGAUUUAAGAAAGAUAAGUAGAUUAAAACUUGAUUUAUCACCAAAAUAAUUUAAAUCAAUUAAUUUAAUUUUAAUAGUUAAUAGUUAAUAGUCACAUAAAAAUAUAUUACAAAUUUAAAAAAAAAAUAUGUCAAAUUGCGUAAUGUACAAUCGUAGAUCGAUUUUUUUUUUUUUACAUGUUACUUGUUUUAUUCGUUCUCAAAUAAUAUUUGAAUUCUAAGUUACUAUAUUAGAUAUAUGUAUUAACUAUUUAUUCAUUAUUUAUAAUAGUGACCAGUGACAACUUUUACUUGGUAUAUUUGAGGCACCCUCCAAAACAGAUUUUGUUAGGGCUUAAUACCCUCAAGUCACCACUCCCAAUUUAUUUCCGCCUAUGCAUAAACCAUAACAAUAAAAAUAAAUUUAUAUUACGUUUAAUUCUUACAUUAUUUUUGUCAUGAACUUUCUAGGUAGAACUCAAAACCGUCGUAGAAGAUUUACCUAAUGGUCUAAACUCGAGAAUGACCGAAGGCGGAUCGAAUUUCAGCGUCGGCCAACGACAAUUGGUGUGUUUGGCCAGGGCCAUUGUUCGAAACAACAGAAUUCUCGUACUGGACGAAGCCACGGCCAACGUUGAUUUAAAGUAGGUGGCAAAAUGAAAUCACACUUUUACUUAUUUAUAUAAUUUGUGCCCAAAGGGAUUCUGUACCUCAAAUUAUGAAAGCGUCUUUCUACUAAAUAGUAGUACUUAAAUAGGUGCAACGCUUGGGACGGUACAUAUUUUUGUAUUUUUAUCAAAACGCAUUUUCAUUAAAAUUUAAACUUUAAACGAGUUUAUCUCUUAUAAAGAAUACAAGAAAAAUAAAAAUAAAAGACUUCCUCAUUGUAUAAACCAGAUCAGUGGCGUCGUAUUAUAGUAAAAUAUAUAGUCUUACUGAGUAUUACAGUCAAUUUUUUUUAUUUUAUUUUUUUUGUGAACAACUUUUCUACCAGCAAUUUCACUCCAAUUUACAAUAAUAGCCUAGCUGUAGUAUUUUUUCGUAUAUUAUUAAUUGCUGAAUUAUGUUUAGAAAUUGAUAUAAAUGAGUGUAGGGAAAAGUCCCCCUCCCAACAGGUUAUAUUGAAUUUAAUAGUUGUAAGAGAUGUUAAUUUUUGUAUAAGUCUUAUACAAACCACUCUUCUUUUAUUUGUCCAAUUCGAGUACUGGCUAUAAUACCGAUAUUGCGUUCAAAUAUUUCAGGACUGAUACGUUAAUUCAACGGACGAUUAGAGAUAAAUUUAAAACGUGUACGGUGUUAACGAUUGCUCAUCGUUUGAACACGGUUAUGGAUUCCGACAAGGUGUUGGUCAUGGACGCGGGACAAAUGGUGGAAUUCGAUCAUCCGCAUAAUUUGUUGAAAAACAAAAACGGAUUUUUAUACAAAAUGGUCGAACAGACGGGACGGGACACGGCCGAUUUGUUAUACAGUAUAGCGGAACAGGUACACCCAAUAAUAUAUAUAUAUAUAUACUAAGAUCUCUCAGGGCGGUGUGGAUUAUUUUUUUACCGUAUUUUUGGAUCUAUAUCUGUAUUUCAAUAUCGUACCUUUUAAAUGUUCGCAGAGUUAUAAAUCCAAGGACGAAGCGACGCCAGCGAAAGAAGAACCCGAAACGUAA